UGUUGGAGUGGCAGAAGUGGGUCAUUGGGCUUCCGACUCUUAAAUUUUGGAUCCCGUUUUUACAUAAGGAGGUUGAAUAAUUAAUCAAAGCGUCACCUGAUUAUACAACAGUGCCCACUUGCCAAAUGUCACAGUUGUUGUAUAUUUCUCCUACAUAUCCCACAUAUGUACAGCAUCUUCAUUGUUCAGCAGCUGGCAACAGAUUACAGUUUUGAAUGAAGAAUCUCAUCCUAUCUUCUCUUAUUUAUUUUAAUCUUUUUGUUUAUGUGUAUUAGAUUUGAAAUACUUUUCAUUUAUUAAAUUUGGGGAAAAUUUUACACUUUGUUCUGAGUAACACAUUUGCACCAGAAACAGGAUAAACAGAAUAGAUUCCCAGAUUGUCUGUUCCGCUUUACUGACAUAUUUACAUGGUGUUUGGAUGGUGUUUGAUUCGACCUGCAUACAUAAAAUAAAUAAACAAACAAAUCAAAAAUUGAAUACAAAGGCAGUCAGUGUUAAGGGGGAAAAGAUAUGGUGUAAAACAGGUCAGUCAUAGAUAUAUAUUGCAGUUAGGGAUGACCGAUAUGAUAUGGCUUCAAAAUUAAAUAAUUGGUAUGUGCAGAUAUUUUCAUAAUGGUUCAUACCAAUGAUAAGUUAUUAUUUAAAGUUAUCUGCUAAAAUGAUGAUGCAUCAGUGGUGUACACACGAUGAUGUCCCAUGUUGGCUUUUAGAAAUACCGGUGUAUGUAUCUGUAUAGAUGUUGGUUUUGGAUUAAACGAUUUUGAAAAAGUUGGCAUAUCAGAAACCAGCAGCAAUUCAGUAUAAGUACUCCAUGGGAUACAGAAGUGGUGAGUAAAUCAGAAUGUCUUUCUGACUCCAGAUACCAGUGGUCUAAAGACGUGCUUUUAUAUCUAAAAAGUCAGUGUCUCUGCGACAACAGUCAGCUCUCAGUAAGCUUUCUGUCCAGUUUUUUUCCUCAAUCCCCACCAUCUGACAGAGUUGCUGGGUUGCCUCCCUCCUCUGCAUAAAAAGAGAGAGAGUAUUAUGAUGGACAUAUUUGAUGUGAUCUUCAGUCUCAUGACAGGCAGCCAGUAAGAUAGAUGUCAAGUAGUAUUGACAAACUCUAAGUGACAUGCAUGGUGCUCACUGGAUGCUCCCCAUUGCUGCAUGUCUGCGACAUAUGAGAUGGACAUAUCAGCGCGGUUUUGUUGUGUGCUGGUUGUCAUGCCUUCAGCAUCUCUGUUCUAGGUCAGGAACUAAAUUUAAAUUACCAAAGGAGCUGAAGCAGAAAAGAGUAGUGUUUAGUAGAAUUCACCUCAUGGUUGGUUUCAGACUUCAGGCGACUAAAGUCAAAGACAUGUGAGCACACUGCAAAUAAACUGAAAUGGAGUCUUUGAGAAAAGCAGGGAGCACAUUGUGUUGAGCUUAAUUUGUUUGGUCAAGGCUAAAUUUCUGUAUUCCAUUUCUGCCUUCAAAGACCAACCUGUUUUGCUUGUUUUUCCUCACUGUUUAAUUUGUACUUCUGCCUUUCAGUGCAUUUACAAACAUUAAAACCCUGUCUUAUACUAGAAUGAUUGUUAUUAGCACCUGAUAUUGGUAAAAGUCUGUACACAUCACAAUUUAGAAUAUUGAAGUCGUCUCUUAAGUCUUUUUUUGUACCCUGAUGAAAUACAGAAAAUAACAGCAGCACCUGUAUGGGGUCAUCUUAUCCAUAACUUUUAAAAGGUUAAGUUUUCUGUUUACUUUGCCAGUCCUGUAACACUGCUGAAACCCAUAACUUGAUGUGGUUUGUGGUUGCAUGUCUGGUUCCCCAGUGUGGUUGAUGUUUCUGUCACUUAAACUCCCCCCUGUGCUGUUUUCCUACUUCUUUGGUUUCCUCUGUUAGUGAUUAACCAUCCAUUAACCACCAACAGAAAGUUUUGUUCACUCCAAAUGAAUUAAGAGUCAUAUUAAAUGCAUCACUCUUGUUGUCUACCACUGUCAUCCACUAGAAAGUAACAUCUGUGUUGAAUUGGCAACAGAAGUCAAAUACAGUUCACUGGACUUGCUGUAACUUCUCUUCUCAGCUUGGGUUGACUUAAUAUGAUGUGCAUGAACCAUCAGGUGGUCCAUGACUGUAUUCUCACGACUCACAAUUAUUAACCAUUGCUGUAGAGUUUGGACCAAACAGACUCAAGUGUGUAACACAUUAGUUAGAAAGCUGGGUAAAAAUAAAUAUAAAAUCUUGUCACCCAAGCUUACAGAUAAUUUCUUCCACCUUUUACAGCCAGACAAAGGAGAGUAACUCUUGUUCCAGCUCUCAGAUUGAGCCAUUGUUAGUCCUAUAAAAACCAGACUGAUAAAAAAUUCAAGCUAAAUGUCUGUUUUUAACUUUGCUGCACACAGUUAUGAGUGCUGUGACCUUUGCAGGAACAGCGGGUAGACUGCUGCACUUCAUGUAGCCACAUUUAAAAGCUUUAGCAUGCAGUGAGAGUGGAGAGCAGGCACAGAGAAUCAAAACUACUCUUGACCUGCUGCUUAUGAGUUAAUAAUAAGCUGUGAACAGAGUUUUUUGAGGAAUACCUGAGAUGAAACAUUAAAUCACUCCACUUAAAUCACUCCACUAAGGGUAUUAUACUUACUGUGACUUGCAGUGUAACUGUAUACAGAGAAUGAAAAAUAGACAAAAACGCAUUUGUGGAAUAUGUAGGGUAUCCUUUAUCUGAUAUCCUUUUCCUUGUGGUAUAUACUGUGUUUCAUUAUAGGAAUGACAUAAUUAUCUAAGAUGAUUUUAAAUAGCUAGCCUUGGUCGCUGCUCCCAUUUCUUCUCAUGACAGCAUAUACGGCACAGCAGAGCAGAAGAGCUGCUGCUGCUCUGGUGAACAUAACCAGCCAUUUUCCACUUGAGUUGAUUGUGGUUGAACUUUUUUUCACUUGCCAUUAAGCACACUCUGAUCCGAUACCCCUGAUCAUGUUCUGUAUCCAUGCUGACCUUGUUCAGUCGUGUGGCUACAGGCCAUGACAUGACUGAAUGUUCCUUUUGUCAACGCCAUCACUAAUCAGUGUUUCUUGAUUGCAGUUAUUCAACCACAUCGUCAUGUUACUUUACUUUAAAAUGACCUCCUUGCAGUGAAAUAAACACACCAUAAAUUAGCUCUUUUAACAGACAAUUAGCAGGAGCAAGACCAAUUGUCAACUUAAUUUGUGAACCUGCACUGAGUUAUUUACUGAGUUUAUCUUUUGUAGCAGCAAACUUCUGCUUCUCCUGUUCUCUUAAUGUCCAUGUCUUAGACUGAAUAACUCCAAUGUUCAUUCAUCACCUUGUCGGACAUCCACAGUAAAACAUUUAAAUGAGUCCCGGACUGGACACUCUUGUUCCCCUGCCUGCCUCCUGCAGCCUCCCCUCUGUUGCAGUGUGAGCUACCUCUUGAACAAUCAAUAGGCAGGCAACAUCAUUCCAGCGUCAUCUCCAUGGAAACGAGCCCUAGUCGCUGUAAUGAUUGGGCCCCGUCUCAGAGCCUGCCUUUUUGUGAUAGGACGAGGGGAAGCAGUCCUCCCUACCCCCUCCUCCUAGCGACACUCACUGUCUCACACACACAUUUUUCCCUUCGUCCUCUUUCUUCACCUUUAUGGCGCUGUAACUGAGAUGGGAUUAAGCAAGCUGUCGAGUCCCAUUGAAUCCAGAUGAAACGCUUUUUGACCCUGCAGCAUCAAUAAGGACAGACCGACAGCUGAAAAGUCAACAUGCCACCCACAUCUGAGCCUCACUGAGGGACCACAGACUGGAGCGGAGACCUGUUAGUGAGAUCGCGCUCUUGUUUUUCUCCACAUCAUACGUCUCUUCUUGUUUGCUAUUUCAGUUGGGCCUGCCUGCGCCUUUUUAGCAUUUGGUUGGGUAAGAAUUCGACUGGUUCCUUUUUCAGGAUAUCUACUUUGGACAAUACCUCCUCAUACGACAGAGCAGUAAGGCACGAAGAAACAAGCCAUGUCAGAUGUAGUGAGCAGGAGCCUAAAUCUAAAACACAAACCACAGGAUGCUCAAGAAUGCUACCAGGACCAAGAGUUUUACUAAAUUACCUCUACAAGCGGAAGACGAAGAUCUGUAAUUUCCCUUUGGAGCUGGUUGUCCUCGUUUCGGGAAACGUCACAGCGUAGAAGGAGGAAAGAGGUACUUUAUAGCUGCUGGUUUAUCUCAAACUGUUUUAUCUUGGCACACAGACUCUUGCUGUAACACCUUCACUUAUGCCAUAUUUGUCAGCUUAAAACCUACUUUUAGGGAUUUACACGUUUGAGGCUUACGUGAACUACUGACAACCAUGGCCGUAACAGUCUCUCACUUGAUUUCACACUCUUCACCUAAGCUGUGAAAAAAAACCUCCUUCAUAUGGACUGUUAAAAAGAGAAAGGAUAGUGUCAUCUUCAUUAUUCUGAAGCCAAUCUGCCACAGCUGAUCCCUGAUACUCUUCUUCAAUAAAUGAAAGUCUGCAAUGCCUUGGUCUCAGCCAGGCACCUCAUUUGAUCAUAUUGAUCCAAUUCACGCUGUGUGACUUUGACUGAAAGUGAUGUAUGACCUGUGCACUCGUCCCGAGCAGUCUGAGCCCACACCGGCACCUGCAGAGAUGGAGGGCCGCGAUGUGGCUGAUGCUCAGCAGGAGAUGAGCAGGUCAGAAGAGCAAGAUAAUAGGGAACAUGGGCUCUUGGACAAGGCAGUCCCAAACACGGCCAACAUUACGUCAACAUCAUUGCUGGGGAAAAGACACCACUCACUUUAUGCAAACCUCAAUGGCUUCGAGGCAGAGGGUAUACGCAAGGUAGGUGUGAAACUUUUAUGAGUCCAUCACUGUCUGUCUCCUUUGAAAACAGGAACAUUUUACAGGCCUUGAGACUUACAAAUAGCAUCCUGUACUUACUCCAACAACAGUUUAAAACCUUUGUUUACCUUCUAUAAAACCAGUCAAGGUUUCCACAUUUACAGUGAUGUCAGGAUACAGAAAAAGGCACAAUAUAAUAUAACAAUAACUAUAACUAUAACAAGCUGAAAAUGCCAAUAGGUUGGUAGGUUGAGAUCAUUGUCUAGAUUCAUCCAAGAGUGUGUUUUAGAGUGUGUCGUAAAUAUUUUAACAUUUGAAAAAGGAAAUUAAAAACUGGAGGCAGUUUUUUUAAGGAAGAGUAAACCUGUAAAAUCUGCAGCAUUCAACAUUUGGAAAAGCUAGUUUGGCAGGGUCCAGUGGUCCAGCCUGGCAAAGAUAUGAUAUAUUGAUAAAUGUCCAGUAAAGCAUUAAGAAAUGAAAAGAUACAAGUGCUCAUCAGCCUCUGUAUCAUUGAAGAACAACCUGAUGGGCUGGAAAGGAUACAAGUAUUAGUGCCAUGUGAAUCUAUCGUCAUGAAUCUAAGAACAGAGUAAAAGACUGGGUCUAACACUUUCCUUGCAGGAGCAGCAGCAGCAUGCUUGUUGACUGAAUACAUUAUAGUUUAGGCUGGAAGAAAGACGGCUUCAGUUACAUUUUUCCUACAGUUCAGUGGAAAGUUGAAUCUAUUUCUGUACAGGAAUCUGAGCUUCUGCCGAAGUUUGCUGAUAGGACUUUAAAGCUAAAUCACAAAAAGAAAAUUACAGACAGUCAUCAAUGAUACAGUGUUUUUGAGGUGAGAAGUGAGGUUUGACACAAAGUUAAGUGUAGCACAUGUUCUUGACAGCAACACCAGGACAGUGCCAUAGCUCAGGCUGUUAAAAGAGAGAGUUGGCUGGUACCCAGAGAACUGGAUGUGACCUUGUCCUCAAUUUCACACCUCUGUGUAUCCUGUUAGUGUGUGCAGAAGAUCCACUCAGCGGAAGACAAUUGAAAAUCAAUGGGAGAUCAAUGAGAUUUCCAUGUAAUGCAUUGAUGCCCAUGCGGCUUGUACAGUGGAGACAUCAGUGUAAGGAGCUAUCAGAGUUACUCACCCAUAUUCUUUGUGUCAUUGAGAAGAUAAACCCACCAGCAAAAAGGAGAGAGGUCUGGUCAAUGAUUUGUUUGAGGAAAACAUAUGGGACCGUGAUUUGCUGUAGUGUAACUGGUUCAAACACAGUUCUUGUAAGGAUGAUACUUUGUAAAGGAAAACUUUGCAAAUAGCAAUUCUGUUUAAGACUGUAAGGAGCAAAACAUGAGGGCAACGUAGUCAAUAUGUGCCAUGCUGAGAUGCUACUCAGUUACCCACAUGCUCUUAACAGUAUACACUUGCCUGUGCCCUUUAAAGUCACAUGCUGUAUGGUACAGUAUGUUCCUCAUCAAGUAAAUCAAGAGAGAGCUGAUAGCUUAUUUGAAUACAUAGAAAACAGUUUGGAAACUCAGUUCUCCUCAUUAAAAGACUCCUAGCAUUUCCACCAACAGUUCUUUCUUAAGAGCCAAGUCUUCUAUGUCUCAAAUUCACUGGUUUGAGUAAUCUUUAACUGAGGCGGAAUUUCAUCAUUUAACCAAGGUAGUAAUCAGUGUGCAACAUAGCUCUCUGUCUACCCACCCCCACUACUUCAUUACCUAUUCACCACAAUCACAGUGUAGUAAAAACCCUAAUGAAGUGUCAACAACAACAACACAGGAGAAGAUCUGCAGCCACAGAAGUGGGGAGGCAGCAUUUAGUGAUGCAUUAGACAUAAUAAUUUGGCCAUUUCAGACCAGUGGGGGUUUGCUGUAAAGCUUUUCAGCAGGAGGCUGCCACUGUUAGAUUGUUCGUAAUUACACCAUUAUUUAUAUUGGGGAUACCAUUAUUGGCCUUUUGUUUCUCUCAUCACUAGUUCCACACAUGAUUAAUGAUUGUGUGCACAGGUUUGUGUAGCAGGAUGUGGUUUCAAGAAUAGUUAUGCUGGACUAUAGUUAGUCAAUAAUUCUUCAUGUGGAGAGUGAAACACUAGUGUAAAAAGCAAGAGCAGGUAUAGUAGUGCAAGAGGAAAGUGGGUGAAACUAGGACUGAAAAUGGUAUUGAGCUCGACUAAAUCCCAUAUGAUUUGGCUGGGUUAAAAAUGGAGUAUGAAAAAAAUGGAUGGUUUACCGUAUAGGUGGUAAUCAUCAGGAUUCAAUGAUCCAGUGUGGUUUAGGCCUCAAAAUAAAAAGUUAUUGUAUGUUUUGUAUUUUAUAUAAAGUUAUUAGAGGACUGUUUGGUUAAGUAAUUGAGUUAACACUUGGUAGUAUAUUUGUUUACCUUUUAACAACUAGAUAAGGACAUUUAUAUCUGCCAUUUCCAGCACCAUCAAGGACAACCUUGGACAUAAAUUAAUAGCUAAGAAAUGUAUUUACUUUACUAUUAACUAUCAUCGUUAAAGUGGGUAAAGUUAGUUUAUAAUGAUUAAUUUGGAGAAACUUAAAGGGAAAAGAAAUCUGACUUCUUGGCUUUAGUGAUAUUUUUAUGGAUAUUUCAUUCACAGUGUUUUCAAAACAUGAAUAGACAUGACAAAACCAAACAUGAAUGAAACAGCUUUGGACAUUAAAAUUAAAAGCAGACAUUAUAGACUGUGCAUUUAAACUGGGUUUGUUAAACCUAGUCUGAGGCAGCCAGUUGCAUAAGUUGCAUCCAUCAUGAGAAUUGUUGGAAUUGAUGUAAAAUUGUGAAAAACCCUGCCUGUAAGUACACAAUUAGAAAAGCAAUCAUCAGCGUUAGUCUUUACACUUAAUGGAAAAAAAGGGCAUUGGCCCCCCUCAAGGCUAAUUUGCUUGUUGACUGUGUGGUCCUCUGUGAUCUAGACUCUUUAACACCUGUCUGGAUACCAUAUGGCAGCCUCUCUAAUGAUUGUUGAGUUUACACACAAGGCGCUCUAAAGCUACAUAGAGAUGAGACGUAAACAAAACCCCUUUUCCCCCUCUCACUUAUUUUGCUGAAUAUCUCAUUACUUAGCUGUGAUCCCUCUAAUGUUAAUGAAGCAAAGGCAGACAGCCUGGGAUCCUUUGAAGACAGAUUUUUGUUUUUUGCAGUGCCUAGGAGUCUCUGUACUUCUGACGCACGACUAAGCUCUUGUCACUGCCCAAUCUGCCAGUGAAAGCAGUUAAUCUUGACGCUUCAAUAAUUAAUGGUCAAAUAACAGCUUUUUAAGGAUACAUGUGGAAUAUUUUGUCCACACACAGGAAACGCCUCUGCUUGGGGCUUUUCCUGUCUUGUUAUUAAGUAACCCAAAUACCUGUCUCUCAGUCUGGCUUGAGCUGUUUUUAUACAACUUGUUUCUACAAUGUAUGUGUUGACUUGUCAGCAAAGUUUCCUCCCUAGAACUGCUUCACCCUACAAAAAGCAGCUCUGUGAAGAAGUUCAGUCAAGUUCUGUGGUGUAAAUUGUCAUACUGAUUGCAGUAUAUAUUGCUUAACCAGUUGGACGUGUUGUUCAAACUGAUGGUGGCCCUACAGGUCAGAGCUGACCCAGUUUGUACCUAUGGGAGAUCUGAAAGGAGGGCAGCGUGUCUGCACGGUGGACCUAAUUUUACACUUUUCUUGCAUGUAAUCUUCUGAAAUAAGUCAGAGAUAGUAGAGCAGUGUAGUAGUCCGCUCAUAAGUCUGCUCCUUGAGACCUAUGUGAUGAGCAGAGCAGCAGCGAUUGAACAGUCCUUGCAAUAUUUCUGAAACAUUAUUUUACUUAUUGCAGUGUUGUAACAAAUCACCUGUCAUGGUUUUGAGAUGCAGUUACUAUCAGGGAUAUUCUGCUUCAAUGUAUUUCCUUGCUGUUUAAGUUCUGACUAACUGACCAGUUUGCAGUGUGUGAAUAAUGAUGCGUUUGAGUUACCUCAGAAGUCAGAUUUUCGAACUGGGAAUGACGUCACACCCGAGUUACUAGCGUUUCAGUUACCAAGUCCGAAAAAAGCAAAAUCAGAGAUGGAAACAACAUGGCUACAUCUGCGAAAGUUAUUUUAGUGCUUUUUAUUUCAGUUAUUGUGAGUUAUUUUAGCAUCCCUUUUUGUAGAUGUAGCCAUCUCUGAUUUUUGUUUUUUUGACCUGGUAACUGGAACGUUGGUAGCUCAGGUGUGACGUCAAUCCCAGCUCGGACAUCUGACUUCCAAAGUAACUUGAAUGCAGCAUAACACCAGCAGAACUAGCACCACCAUUCCUUAGUACUCUGUGAAGGUUGGUAACCACAUACCUGAGCUGUUGAGGCCAUUUUAACACAACACAGACUACAUAUGUUGUCUCCAUCUCCAAACACUGCUAAAGUGUGCUGUGGUAUGAUGUGUUAUCUGUCACCUGUGUUUGUUUACUUUAAAGGUUUAGGGUUUAUGGCAGUAGCUCCUGCUACAAAAACAGCAUGGUCUUAGUAAAUUGUUCUGAGUACAAUGUCAAUGUGUCAGCAAGCACCCGUGUCAUUGUGGACUGACAAGUAGAAGAGCAAUAUAGCCCCAUACUUAUAGUUAGCAUAAUCUUAUAUCCAUCUCAGCUUCCAAUCUGAAAGGAACCGAUUUGUUAUAUUGCCUCAAUAUCAGCCCCAGACUCCUGUAUAUGAAAUUUUAAAUUAUAUGAAAUAGGAAAAAUAGGAAAACGCAGCCAGCCAAGCAGAGGAGAAGCGGCAACUCUGUGAUUUAUUUUCUUUCUAUUUUUUUAUUUAUUUAAACUCUGUCUGAAAAUAGUAUAAAUUCCUUGGAGCAUGUUGCACAUACAGUUCUGCUAAAACCUACAAUCGGACCAAUGAGAGAAGUUUUAGUUAUAGUAACACUAUAUUUAAAAAUUGUGCUGUUUAAUUCAACAAUGCAGGUAAAAAUAACAUAAUACUAUCUCCUGUUACAGUGGCUCCUUUUUAUUUUUUUUACUUCAUUGUCUUAUUUGUAUGUCUGUGCACAUGUGUGUGUAAUAUGCAAGUAUUUUUUCUGGUUGGCCAUGUAAUGACUCGUGAAUAAUUGAUGGAGCAGUGAGAGUGGGGGGUCUCUGGAGUCCCAGUCUCUCAGUAGAUACCAGCCCAAACAUCUCUGUCUGUCUGUCUGCAGUGAAAUGCAGACUCUCUCUUGGGAGCAGAGGUCGAGACAUUAUUCUCACUGUCACAUCCACUUGCAUCUGCUAGACACUGUACACCACAUUAUAUAUAUGGAAUAUAUGUUCCCUGUGGCAUUUACUCUAAGAUAUACCUGAAUAUUGCAGAGAUUUUCUAUGACAAAGCCUGAAAUGAAAUCUUUUAUAAAGCAAUAUCAAACAUAAAAAUGUGAGACACAUUCUGGCACGAUGCUUUUUACAGUUAUCAAAAUGAGUGUUAUUGCUGCAGCGGAUUUUCAUUAACCAUCUCAUAAACAAAAGAUAAAUGUCCUAAAUAAAUUAAAUGUGGCCAGAUGCAGAACAUACACUAAAUCAUAGUCCUGUUUAUGUCUUCUUCAAUCUGUAUGCCCACCAAACAUGCCCCAUAGCUCUUAUUAACCUAAUGGGCUCUGUUUAAGUGCACAUUUACUGUUUCCCAUUUUCCUGUCAUCACCGCCUCUCCUAAUGCUCUCAUAAACCUGAAUUAUGACACUUAAUUGACUGUGAAACAAUGAACACCACAGUAAUUAAAUGGUGUAAAAUAGUUUGUGUUAACCUAAAGAAUUAUCUAACUGAGAUGUGCUAGUUUUCCCUCCUUAUGUAUAAACUCACCAGCCUGUAUGCAUGCAGACUGCUGCAUACUUAGCACCCUCUGAGAGUUCUUUGCUGUCUGUGACAUUUCUGCAGUAUUUGGUCUUCUUCCGGUCUGCCUGCCAGAUUAGACCCAUGAUUACCUGUGUUUCCCCCCAACACAAUGGGGAACGUUUUUUUUCCUGUGGGAGGAAAUGGAGACUCAUUUAACUGAACAAGUGAAUGUCAGGAAAGGUCAUUCAGGCAUUUCAUUAGUGAAGUGCCUUUCAUUCCAGAUGUACAUUUAUUGAAUGUGACAAGUGAAAGAGUUGUGGCAGAACACUGCUAUUGUGCUGAGAUAUUUAAAUUUAGAGUGCAACAUUGUUACUCGCUGACUGACUUGACCCUCUGCUUUACCAGACAGUGUAUGUGUUUUAUUUAUGGCUUUGCUGUCUGGAAACUCAGACCCGAAUAUGGUUUGUCCCUUUUUCACAAAAUAGAUUACAAAAACAUCGUCUGCCUCAGCUCAUUUCUUCACCUUAGUCUAGAUCAGUGGUCUGUUAGGACCAGUUUCUGGAGUUUUAAAAGUGAAAUGUUCACCUGUUUUUGCCUGAAAUAGGAUUUCAGCUAUUUCUCUUUUUAUGUGUCAAAUGUUGAUUAGUUGAGACUGUAGGUAGACCUGUUAAGCACUUGUUUUGCUAAAUAAUGCAUGCUUGUCCUUGAAAAGAACAUGGUAUGGAUGGCAGAAUAUUUUUCUUAAAGACCUGUUAUAUAUUCAGGCUUCCCAGAUGAGUAAAGUAGCCUUGCCUUGAGCACUUAUGCAUACCAGUACCAUCAAGCAUGCCAGCUUUUGAACUCUGUGCUGUUAACAAGCCAGGUGGUCCCUCUCCUCCUGGCAGUGUAGGACAUGAUGUCCAUUAUUAAAAAAAAAAAAAGUCCAUGUUUUUAUUUGUCAGACCACAGGACUGUCUUUCAGUUUAGUCCAUCUUUAAUGGCUUUGACCAGAGAACGUUCAGGUUUUUCUUCAUGAUGAUUAUUUAUGUGUUACUGUUUGCAUGGUUCAGUGUUAACCUGCAUUUGUGGAUGCAACGAUGAACUGUGUUUACAGACAAAGAGUCGUGGAGGUCUUUAGAGCCUAUGCAAUGAUUUUCAAGACAGAAUUAUGCCUGUAAAUAAUGCAGUGUCGCCUGAGGGCUCAAAGAUUGUGGCCAUCCAGUAUUGGUUUUCAGCCUUAUCCAUUUUGCACAUAUUUCACCAGAUUUAGUGAGUCUUAUCAUGAUAUUAUGCAAAGUAAUGAUAAAAUCCCCAAAUUCUUUGCAAUUUAAUGCUGAGGAACAUUGUUUUUUUUCUGUAUUAGUGCCUUAUCCCAUCUUUACUUCUCAGAGACUCAGCCUCUCUAGAAUGCCCUUUGUCAACUAAUCACAUUCUCUUUCUGUUUUAGAUAAAUCCACUUAAUUUGUUUGGUAGAUGUUUAUCCAAGUAUUUUCUCUAUUAUCACAAAACAAAGUUGGUGUUUAUUAGUCCCCAACUCAACUUUCUAGACUCACAACUUUCUGUGUUGCUGCCUUUCAAUUUAAAAUAGCCAUGUAUUUUUCACAAACAAUGCAUUUUUCAUUUUCAACACUUGAUAUGUCUACUCUUUGGUCUCUUCAGUGAUAUAUGGGACUUAAAGGGGGGAUCAUGCUUUUCCACAUUUACAACCAAACUGGAAAGGUAACAAAGUUUGGUGUCCAUACUUCAUUUAAGCAAAGUUUCGAAUCACAAAGUCAAAAUUUUUUGUCAUAAUUUUAGAAAAUAAAUGUAAAUGGCUCAAAUCUCAGACAAACGCACAAAUAUGUUAGAACGUGUGUGAGUUUUACUGAAAUUCUGACAUAAGAAUUAUAGGCUCUCCUUACUGGUUCAUCUGAGCUUCCGGCAAAGUGGAAUGGCCUGACUCCAACAGCUUUUCAGAUGGAGGCUGAAAUAAUGAUAUUUUAAUACAUAACAGUGAGAAUAUUGAAUGAUGUUCAAUUUGUCUUCAGUUUCUCAGAAAUCGUUUUCUUUUUUGCAAGUUACGUGAGAAAGAUUACAUGUCUGAGAUGGGAAAAAAGAACAUGAUAACUGUGAGAAAUUUUUAGUUUUUUUUCAAUCUAAAAAUCAUGUAAAGCUUUGAAAGAGGUAUUAAGAAGGAAAUAUAAAGUCUGAAAAGAAUGCAUGAUACCCCCCUCCCUUAAGAUUAUUUGCAAACCAUCAAAAUCUUUUUUUAUCAAUGUCUUACACAGCGUACCAGUGAUGGAAUUGGGAUUGCAAUUGAGUCGGUUGAAAAGUGAUGCAGUUAAGAGCCAGUAUCAACUCAAAGUGUCAAGGGCAGUCCAAUCAAUAUCUUGUGACAUCACUGAUGCUGACAGAGAGGACAAAUUUUGAAAUCAUCGAUAAACUCUAAAGACUGAAGAAGAAAAACUGUUUGCUUCAUACAUCUCAUUGACUCAACAGAAGAAUAAUUCAGUGUGUUAUUGAACCAGAAUAAUCACGCUGUCUGUAUGUUUGCACCUGAUUGGUGGAAGGGAAUUUCCAGUGCUCACUAAGUAUGUGUCUCUGUGGUGGAAACCUCCAGGGGAAUUUUCCAGCUCUUUAUCGGUGAGCUCUGGGUGAUGAGGGGCUGGCUAGGGAAAACUAAUACUAACCCUGAUGACAGUGACGGAGGAGGAGGAGGGGUUUUGGUAAAAUAGAAAAUAGGGACAAGGUCUAUAUCAGCAGUCUUGGAUGCAAAAUUUUAAUUAAUUUCGUGCACUUAAAAUUCUGGCAGAGUGUAUUCUGGUUUUUGGGAGGUCUGCCCAGUCUGAAGAAUGAAAUUGAGUGAAGAGGGUGUGUCUGUUUGUCAUUUGCCCACUUUUUUAAAUCAAAGCCUGGGUAAACAAAGGCAGUCAAACCCACUUGUGUCACUUUAACCAAAUAACCCAAAACACCGCUUCAAUACUUGAAUGCUGUAAAAGUUCACAUGUUAGUGUUUUGAGUAACAACUAUCCAAGACUUGAUUCAGUAUGUGAUUUAAUGGUGCAUCAGCCUAGCAGAGUGGUGCAAUGAAGUAUGCAGGGACAACACUUGAACAUGUCAGCCUCCCACUUAAUGAAGCCAAAUACGGCCUCUCUCCUUUAUCACAGUGAUUUAUGUGGUUUUAAAUGUUAAGCAGAUUCAGUGAAACACUCUCUGAGCGUGUCUCUUGUGCUGGGCUACAAAUAAUGUUUUCGCAGUUAGUAAGAUAGCAGAGGGGGUCAGGGGCUUGUAGGCAUAUGUAAUUUCCCUUGACAAGAUUAAGGGUUAUUUUCUUCCGAAGCUCUUUGGGUUUAGCCUGUGGAGGGUCUGGGGAGAAACAAAUCAUCUCCACCACUCUGUUCCUACUCAACCUGUUUUCUGCUGACACUGCACUAAAUGGAAUAAUGUGGCUACCCCCUCCUUAUGUUCAUCUCUCGACUUUUUGAAAAGCCAGAUGUUCUCUGCAUGUCAGACACCUUAUUAGAGUCACAGAGGCUCAGGGGAAUGUGACAUUUUCAUUGUGGACUGUGAGAUAGUGAGGCAGCCAUGCAUGUGUAGAUUUUAAUUACGGUGGCUGUGGAGGUGUUGUAGUGAUUUGUGAGAGAUAAGAUCCAAAGUGUAACUGAGACAGCUUCUGAAAGCUUAAGCUGUGCAGUAUUAUGAUUAAUUUUAUACCUGUCAGGAAAAUAUGGAGAGGAAUUGAUCGUAGCAUUGUUUUCUUUGUUAGACAGUAUUGAUAUAACAAUAUACUGUACAAUUCAAUACUGCUGCCAGUUUGAAAACCAUCCUGUUAAUGUCAGCGGCUUGAAAAAUCUUGAAGGUUCAUUGGUUAAAACAAAAGGGUUAGUUUGUGAACAUGCACCAAAGUUGUUUGUCAAACAUUUGUAAGGCUCUAUUCUGUUUUUUAGUCUGAGCAAUAAACUCUGAAUGUUUUUUAAAAGCUGUUUCCUGUUAAAUAUUGGUAUCACUCUGCACUUGUGAGAGGUGAGGAGCCUACAUGCUGAGCUGCUGCUUAUAUUUACUUAAACUGUUUAAGAAACUUGAUGUUUUCAGGCCUUUUGAUAACAAAUUUUGCUGUGGUGUAUGUCUCAAAUGGAUGCCAUAAAACAAGUACAGAGACCAAAUUAGUCGCCUGAAGUUAAAUUCAGUUGCUCUUCAAGGGCCACUCUGCAUCAGAAUCACCAGUCAUUACAUGAAUUAUUAACGUUUCUAUUAUUGUGGGCCUCAAAUGCUGGUCUGUUGUUAUUUAGCUUUGGUUUAUGUCUCCUGCUAUCAGGCUAUAAUGCCCUAAUAUCUUUAUGUAAACAAGUACAGAUGACAUCUUGUGGUGUGGUGUCAUUUGGGAAUAUUUUGACCCUAGAAUUUGGUGUUGAUAUAUAUAGACUGUAUCCGAUUCGUUGAACUGCAGCAACGUGUCACCAGCACAAGCUGUACUUACCCGCAGCAAACCAAUGUUACAUCAUCUGUUCACAGACUCUGAGAUCCCAUUGUUAAAUAAAUGAAGCUCAGUGUCCAAUGUUAUUCAAUGUUUUCUUUAUUUUUGGCUGUUCAGUUAGUUGGAAUUGGAAUUUCUAUUAAAAUGACUAAUUUUAAAUUAGUGUCUUCAGAACAUCAGUCUCUCCAAUACUGUCUGAGCUAGGGCUGGGCGUAUGGCCUCAAAUCAAUAUCAAGAUAGAUUGAGCAGUUCACCUCGAUAACGGUAAAUGGACAAUACCUACCCCACAAGCUGCUCACCCCCUCCCACAUUAACUUCGUCUACUUCAGCCGCCGCUCCAGCUGCUACAACUUUUGAACUGUCCUCCAUCUCCUCACCUGUCUUUCCCUCUUUGUUACGGACUGGAUGGGGUGGAGUCACGUCUCCACCCCAUCCAGCGUCUUAAAGGGGCAUAGCUACACACAUCCGAAACCAACUUUUGUCAUUUUUUAGACACAGAAUAUAUUGACAUGGGCAAAAUGACGUUGGUUAUUGUUGUAAAUUUCGGUAUCGUAAAUUUUGGGUUUAUAGCCCAGCCUUAAUAGAUAUUAUUUGAUCCCUGCUCUUGUAGCUGAGCUUACUGUCCCUGUAUAUGACAAUGAGACACUAUUUUUCUUAGCUCUUUCUUCAUAUUUGAUGGAUAACAGGUAGAUAAAAUAUGAUUGGUUGCAUGAAUUUGAGUCGAUUUCAACCCAUGAGCUACAAAAGUGACUAUCUGAAAAGCUGACGGUUAGGUUUUAUGAUAAAUUUCCACUAUGUGAUUGGCUGAUGAAUUUAUUCAUGAAGUAUAUAAAGCCCAAUGCUUGUCAUUGUUGUAGACAUAAAAUCACUCCAUCCCUACCUAUCACCCAGAGAUUCUUUUAAAACAUGGCUACACUGGCUUCACCUUGAUUUUUUUUCACCUCAUGUUUAAAAAAUACAAGUGCAAAACAUGUAGCUUGUUACUACAGGAGUAUAUGUUAUUACAGUAAUGGUAGACAAUCCCAUCACUGCAUGUAAACAAGAUUUUUCAUACCACUUAAAGGUUAUGUGUGGAGAUAUAUAUGCACACCUUAUAUAUCAUGCAUAUUUUUUCUGGAAAUGCUCCUAACAAGCAUUUUCAGACACCUCAAGUGGUUUCUGCACAACCUCACUAACAGGAGGGAUCGUCUGAGGAGGUGGUGGAGGUAGAUAGCUGGACGCCUAAGGGGAGCAAAAGGCUGUCUGGUGUUGGUUCUUUGUUCUCCGACACUGCAAGAGAGACCCCCUAAUCUGUCACCAUCAGGUACCCUGGGGGAGAUGAGUCGUGAUAAAUACAGGAGGGGAUUUGAGAGGACACUUAAAGAGGGCUUCUUCAUGACUUAUAUAUGAGUAUAAGGAGAGAGUAGCUGUUAAUAGAAUACCUCAGGCCACAAACAGCUUUGAGUAUAGAUUUUUGAAGAAGUAUCUCUUUUGUUUUUUUGAGGCCAGUUAAGAUGGCAGCUAUAAUUCUGAACAUUAAGGUUUACCCGUGUCCACAGAAAAGCUGUAGAGUUGAUCUAUAGAAUAUGUAUGUGGCUGUAGAAUAAGAAAUUGACUACAAUGUGGUUUCCCUUGCAGGAGAUCAAAACAAAUGCAUCCCCAGCUUCUUUUCAUGUCUGCUGAGAAGGUUUGACAGCCAGGCAGUCCAGCAAACCUCAUUAGACAAACCACUGAUGUUGUAGGAGAUAGAUAGAGAUACAGGGAGUCAUCGAUUUGUCUCUAAAGUGUAAGUCUUCACUGAUACAUUGAAGUCAAUUAGUGUCCACGCACUGACAGGACAUUCCCUGUCUGUACUGGGUAGAGGGUCUGUUACUCGCCCUUGCUUGUGGUUGGAGCAGUGUUCAGGGGUCCUGUCUUUGGCCAUCUGGUGUUUGAAGGCUGGGUCUAUAGGAGGAGGAGGUCUUUCCCCUUUUCUCCUUUCAUUAUUGCUUGGAGCAGACAAGGCUCAGAUUAAUUAAGUCACAUCUACAGACUCAGCAGACUGAAUCUCUCAUGUAAAUCCUCAGAGAAACACUUGUAAAAUAAAUGCAGCUGAAGCAACUGUCGGUUCUUCCUUUUUUGAAAUAACAUCAGUUUUCUUGAUAGCUGAGGUCAAAGAAAGUCAGAUGAUCAUAACCUUUAAUUUUUUAAGUAAAUAUUUAAUGUUUGACUAACGAAAGGACUCUUUCUUGAAGACAAGGGGCUCUAAAGAGGAGGGUCUGUAGCACAUGAUGCUAAGUGAAUCAGGGCGUGUCUGACUACCUUUUGCAAGUUAAACAGCACCCAGUAAAAAAAGGCAGAGAGUGAUGCACAGAGUGCAGUGAGAUUAUAUUGACUGCCUUAAUUAUUGUUGUGUUGUGGGCAUAACAUAAACCAAACUAGUCAAACUGUGUGCUAUCAUUCCUUUUUUAUUGUUAGAUCCACUGAAGAAACCCCUCUGCUCAGCAGAAACAAUCAGGGGCUCUCCUCCAGCAGUAAAACUUUAUUAAUUAUUCAAAUGUCUGGACACGCUGACAGUAUUGGACAGGGUCUUAAGUUAACCUUGUGUGCAUGUGUUAAAGAAAAGAGGCUGUAAACAUUCAUGAACUUCUUUUUGCUUUUGGAUCACAUCUACUCUGUGUGUGGAUAAAGGGCAUUAAAUAGUCCUGUGUGGGCAAGAUUAUUGUAUGUGUGUGUGUGUGUGUGUGUGUGUGUGUGUGUGUGUGUGUGUGUGUGUGUGUGUGUGUGUGUGUGUGUGUGUGUGUGUGUGUGUGUGUGUGUGUGUGUGUGUGUCUGAGUAUGGAUGGAUGUAGUAGUGCCAAUGAUAUAAGACCAGGUUUUAGUUGGUCUAUACUGCAGUCACUUAUUGCAUUUUCAAGUUAGCAGCACCCCACCUCAGGUUUGAAUUAAUGUGCCCAUGGGUGCUGAUAUGGGUCCAAGUUCAUUUGCUAUUACUACAAUGUGGGCACUGGGCGUGGUGACGAUGGCUACAGUGGAGGGAAGAUGUGAAUAUCACUUGUUCUAUGCACCAGUUUUCAUGUCGGUUAAGUUCCCUUUCUAUUUUUUCAGUGUAUUCAUGUUGGUUAAGUUUCCUUCAUUUCUGCACAUUCAUGUUUUGUUUCAUUUCAUGUUUUAUUUUGUAGACCACUAACUCUUGUUUCUGUCCUCUCGAUUUGUUCCUGUCUGGUCUACCCUGCCCCUGUCUUGCCACACCUGGCGCCUGAUUGUGUCUCCCCACCUGUUUCCCAUCACCCUCAUUACCUCUUGUAUUAAACCUUGUGUGUCCCACAGUCUCGUCACCAGUUUGUUGCACUUCUCGUCAUAGUUUUGCCAAGCCUUGUAUUACCUUCGCUGGCCUUUUCGGAUCUUGCCUUUUGCUUCAUGUUUUUGAUACCUCUGCCUGUCCUUCAUUAAACCCUGUCUGUCUGACAAAGCUGAAUCGGUGUCGUGCUGUUGUGUCCUCCCAUGUGCUCUGGUUCACGACACCAGUAUGCUUCGCACAGGGUGAAAAAUGAGGCCUAAAAUCUUGUGCCUUUCUGAGAGGGUGGUCAUUCAGGAGUCGUUUUUCUACGUCUAAUUGUAAUAUAAACAGUGAUUAUCAUAUUGCAAAAUACCCUUUAAGGCUCCUGUACUGUAAUGCUUUUCCUCAGUAGUAUGCAGGAACAGUUUAUUAUCCAUUUUCCAUCCAGGAUUAACCAACUGUCAGCUUUGUUUUCUCUCUGUGGGAAUGAGAAAAAAAAUGUUGGCAAACAAAUUGGCAAAGAAAUGACCUUGUCUCUUUUUCCGGUCCUAGUCUGCAGCUGGUAUACUUAGUGGUUUACUGAUGUUUCUCUUUAGCGUAGAUGCGUAGGCUGUGGUUUUAAAACAGAAAUAAACCCAAAUGAUGUUCCUCAUUAAUCUUAAAUUGGAGGUCGUCCGAUAGAACCAUUUUUGUCCAACAAAGAGUUAACAAAGGAAAUGUGUGUGUACGUUUGGCUUUAUAGAUGCCCAUGUCUUUGUCUCACAGCCUCCUUAGAGGCUUAUGGUUGGGGGAUUUUUAACUGUCAGCUGAAAAUGCUGAUGAUGGUGUUUCUGUGAAACCAGACCGGAGAUAUUUCCAUGUGCUUUCAAAAGCUUACCGUGGAUCCCAGACAAAAAGGAUAAUCUGGUUGUGAGACCUUAUGAAUAUUUAAGAAUUAGCCUGUCUAUGGACAUUUAAUGAGCUAUUCAAAUUUUCAUGGAAACUAAAGUCCCCUAUUGUGUCAGAAUCUAACAUCUGCUUUUUGCCUUUACUUACAACCUUUUUGAAGUGUUGUCAACCUGAUUUUGCAUUUUUUCUUCAUGUCAUCCUGCUAAAUGAUUCGUAUUUUAAAGUGACUUAUACUGAAUGUUGGUGUUAAAACCGGAUUUGGCAUUGUGCUGUCUGUCUCUGGUUAUGUUUUCUGUAUUUGCAGCUUGGGAAAGGGAGAAUUCCAGGAAACCCCUUAGCCCUUUUGAUUUAGACCCCCAGAGGCUUUUUAAAACAGCAACUGACCCAGAUAAUCAAGAGCCAAUUUAGCCUGCUCCCUGUACACGUCUCAGUCCUCUCAGUGUCAGCUUGUAAGAAAUCUAAUUAAAGCAAGGAGACGUAUGGUAACAAGUCACUAAUGGCGUUUCUGUCUCAUGUUACUAUUUUCUUUCAGUCUUCGGCUCAAAGUUGUUUUGAUUGACCUCUAAAACUUAACUAUUAGACAAAUGGCGCUAAAAGUCACUUCGCUUUGCUCCAGUUGCAUUUACUAACAAGGUCAGUAACAUAUGUCUGUGCUGGAACAACCUGCUGUGUUGCCAAACUGUGACAGCCUUCGAUGGGAGACUUUGUCCUUCAGGCUUGGACUACAGCAGUUCAGGGAUGAUUUAUUCAUACUUGACCCCUCCAAAUGAUCAGAGGAGAGGACUGUCUGCGACUCGAAGACUAAUACCAAUGCACAGCUCGGUUUCUCUGGUGACAGCCUGCGGGCUCGUCUUGGCUGUUCAGAUAAUAUCAAAUAUUUGUAUGCUUGGAGGGUAAAGCUGCACAAUAAAUCUCAUUACAAACAUUUGCAGCAAAUGCAGUCACAAAAAUCUUCAUUUCGAGCAAUUAAUGUGGAAUUUUUUUCAAACAGGCAUUCAGCGUUCUUUCACAUUUGUAUAUUUUACCUGUUAGAUGUAGACAUGGGCAGUGGUUCUCAAGUCCAGUCCUCGAGGCCCACUGUCCUGCAUGUUUUGGAUGUUUCCCUGCUCCAACACACCUGAUUCAAAUUAUCAGCUCGUCAUUAAGCCAUUACAGAGCUUUAUAACGAGCUAAUCAUUUGAAUCAGGUGUGUUGGAGCAGGGAAACAUCCAGAACAUACAGGACAGUGGGCCUCGAGGACUGGACUUGACCUCAGAUUAACUGGUAAUAAUUUAGUGAUAGGAAAUAGUUUUUUUUUUCUUUUUUUUUAAUGUAUUUUGGAUUCAGGAAUAACAUGUUGCAAACAUAGGUAAGGCGUAAGAAGAUAACAUGAAGAUUACACUCUUCAGAAGUUGUUUAGUUGUUGUAUUUAUUAUUGAUAUCACAAUACUGCACACUCAUCCAUUGAGCCACUUUUCCAUGUUGUGCAGGCCUAGUGCCAGAUUUGGUGUUCAAGGGCUGAACUAAGUUUGAUAAAAAUAAUGAAGACGUUUAAUUUUGUUAGAGAAAAAUAAACUCAGAGACAUAAAUUAUCAAAUUGAUCAGUACUAAUUUCCUCACACCAAAUCUGAUUUAAUUUCCUGUAUUUUUCCAAUUUGCGAUAAAUAUCCCAGAAAGUAAACAUACCACAAUAUCAGUUUUUCAAUAAGACAAUAUGAAGGUAAUAAGAGAAAGCAGCUGAUAUUUGAUGUAUUGUUGGCAUCUUUUAGAUAAAAGCAUUCUAAUUCUACACUGAGAACCAGGCCUUGCGUUACAAGUACUGUUUAUUCCACUAGGGGAAUAUGCAACAUGAAUAAAAUCACUGAGAGUGUUUUCUGUAGAUCAGAGAUUCUCCAUACCAAAAAUAAUAAUAAUUGAAGGUGUUUGUAUGAAAGUGGCUGCAAAACUGUCGCUCUGUCACUCUACACAGUCCAGUUGCCUGCCUUAAGUUUUCAAGAUAACCAUGACCUGGAUGAAUGAGAAUCUACAUGGACAACUUUCAUGGUAGUCUAAAGUAUUCCUCUUUUAAGGAAGAGAAAACAACUAUAGAAUGACGAAGUGUCAAAAAAACAACCUUAAUGCCAUAGAGGUCUUUUACAGUACAAAAUACUGCACACUAAUACCACCCUACUUUUAUUAGCUGCAGCCAGACAUCUCUCACAGCAAGCUCAGUGUAAUGUGAAGAGAAUAAGCAAUACUGGCUGACUUUGCAGUUAAUUGUAAGGAUUACAUAAUCGAGACUUGCUUGCAGUUUCUCCUUCUUUAUGGAGGCAAGCAGAAACUUUUUCCAUUUCAAAUCUCUAAGGUGUUAUCAGUAUUUCCAUUCAGGGCUAUUACUGUGAAACAAUAUAAGGAUGGAUUGAAAACUGUUUGCAUAUAGUGUCGUCCCAGACCCUUCAGGACAACCACAGCUCAAUUAUGCUGAGCCCUGUCACCAUAUUGCCUAAGUGUGAUCUAUAAUCAGCACUCUCUUCAGUUAUCUGCUUGUAUGCAGAUUCUAAGUGAGCACAGGGAAAUGACUCCAUUAGGCUCGUCUGCCCUGCCUAAGGCUCAGGCUCUCCCGACAGACGUUUGUGUGCAGACCCCUGCUCUCCUGCUAACCGAGCUACAUCUGCCUCUCCAACUGAGCCAGACCUGUGUAAAACUAGCACUGCUGUGAGAGAGCUGUCCAAAUGCUAAUACACUGGCCUUGAGAGGACCUCACCACCUGCAGCCCCUCUUUGUGGCAGCAAGAGAAACAAGAGCAAGCUGUUUUUUGUAACAUGUAAGAAAUCAGCAUUACCUCAUGCCUACAGAGAAGCCUCCGGUGUGUUUCAGUGGUAUUCCAAGGGAACAAUUACAAGACAUGGACGGACUCCAAGAUCAUUAGAAUGAGAAUGGAGGCGGGCGGAGGCCGGGUUCACUCUGGCUGGCCUUCCUCUGAGGUGAUUGAUUGGGCUUUAGCACCGUCCUCGGAGAGGAAGACUGGGACACUGGGACCGGCUGAGUCCUCUAACUGAUGGUAAAAUAAGUCUCAAGGACACAAAGGCUCAUCUAAGAGCUGAGGUCAGCUCGCUGUGAUGAUAUUAAGAAUUUACUGUGUGGAAAAGGUUGUGCUUGGAUCUUAAAGCUUAAUUUAGGUAACACCAGUCUCUCGUGGCUUUAGUAUUUAAGUCCCAAUGCUGCAACCUUUGAUGGAGCUGUGUUAUUUUACUGUUAAAUCAAUAAAUCAUCCUGCAGGGUGUUAUUUUGCUUUCAUACUGUCAUACAAACUACACUGUGAGGCUAAGUAGAGACAGACCAACAUCCAGUAUUUUUAGCUGCUCUUUUCUUUGUCCUGUGUCACACUGGAUUUGCUGGGUAGUCUUAGUGCUGUUAUUCUUGGCUUUAGUGUGCUGUUGUUGUUGAAGUUAUAGCCCAAGAAGCCAGCUGUUGUGAUAAACACUUCGGCUCUGAGGCUUAAGUUUCCUGCUGGUUUUCUGAGUGUCUGUUACACCAAUUGAAAAAAAUGGUAAAGAAAAGAAAUCACUAAAUUGGAUCACAAAAAACAUGUCCUCUUUUUGUGUGUUCAUUUGAUCUGAAGCUGUAUUUAUUUUUAUUCAUUUUUUUUUAUUUAUUCACAGUUUGCCCUUUUGUCACAGAUCUUGUUUGCCAUGCUGCAAGACAAAUCUCCUAUGCAAGAUAAAAAAAGUGGAUGUGAGGCAGCCCAGUGGACUAAUUCAAGGCUUGAUUAACUGAAUACUUCAUUCUUCAUAGAGAGUACAAUACUUGUGAGAAAGCACGUCAGUUAUUUUACAGGAAGUAAGAGUGGAGAACAAGUGACGUUAAAUUUGGUUAAGAGCGUGGUUUAGACCAUACUAACUGGAAAGUUAUAGAUAUGACUGCACAAAUCCUAUAUUACAGAAAAGACUCAUGUCGUUCUAUGUGAGCCCAGCUUCUUGUAACACAGACAGUACAGAAGCACCAACUAUAUGAAAUGAAAAAGAUGUAAAAAAGAAAAAAAUGAGGAUAUUCUGCACCCCUAGAGCCUCAAGCAUGUCCAGUUUUAUCCUGCUGUAUGGUUUUAAUAUAUUUUCAAAUCAACCAUACUGUACAAUGAACCAUGAUAUAUGAAUUCACUUAGACUUUCCAAAAGACAUUUUUACCUGAAGCUCUCCUCUGUUUAUUAUACUGCAGUUUAAGAGAUUAGGCAGUCUGAUACGGCUGAAUAAGAAGCAUGUCUUCAUCCAAGAAAAAUUUCAUGAAUCAUUAAGAAAGGUAAUAGUCUGUUCUUAAAGUGGCAUUCAUAAGAUUUGCGGUGGGAGCAGUUUAGCCCUGAUGCAUCAUUUAGAAAGAUCCCAGUCUGGAACCACAGGGACUCGAUUAUGUUUUAUCAUCAGUAUGUAUAAGCGUACUCAUACUAUAUCUCUUUAAGUAGACUGUGUGAACACAGCUCGCUGAAGUUAUGCUGAAAGAUCCUUACUAAAUACACUAACUGGCUACUGUCUGCAGCUAAGAAGUCAACCAUGAACAGUACAAAAAAACUUCCAAAGGCCAAAAGAAAUAAAUCACAGUGGUGGCAGGAGUUCUAGUAGCUGAAGAAUAAUACUUGACAUGUGAAAUAAUGGGCUAAAAUUUGGAGUACAGGUGCCAAAAUCUACCCAGAGAGUGUAUUUAGAGUCGAGUAAAAUGGCCUCGCUGAGUCUCUCCCUCCAUUGAUUGUAAAUACUGCUGCAUGAAGCAUCAAUAGUUUUUUCAACAGUGACUAAUAGGGAUUACAUUUUCACUUUAACAGCGUACUUUUUACGAAUGUGACACUUAAUUAAGACAAUAUUGGAAAGUCCACAGGGACAUUCAGGCAUCACAAAGUAAUAACUUGAAAUAUGUUCCUCUACUUUCUGAAAAUCCUUACACUUUGCUCUCAACUUGUCUUGCAGAUUCAUUUGUACUGUAGCACAGAUUUUACUGUCAGUCUUAAAUCUAAAACUUUAAACUGAAAAAUUACUUUUUUUUUAAUGAUUUCAGUCAAAUUACUCAGUCUGCCAGACUGUGGGGCCUCACUAAAUGUGCCAUUACAGUAUUCUUAGGAAUCUGAGCACAUACAGGCCUCAGCUGCUGGUUUAGUUAACAGCUGGUCAUUAGUGUUGACUUUAACUACAGGUAAAGUAGCCUUUUGUGCCCUCAAGAGAGCGCCCAGAAUGCUCAUCACCUGCUGUUACCAAGACAACAUAAUCUCACAGGCAGCAUGUCAUCUGAAUAUUUUUAUCUAAAAAUGAGUCUUUGUGCUGUUACUGAAGUGUCGAUAUGGCAGAGGGCUAGCUCAGGUUAGUAAUGAGAUCCCAAGUGUAUUAUGGAAACAUAAUGCAACACAUGAUGACAGGUUUACUGGUGUUUCACAUGUGGAGCCAUCUGUGUGCUCCUCUCAUGCUGUGAUAAAUGUAUCCCCACAGUCUAAGACCUUGAUUAAAAUAGAAUAGAAAUGACUGUCUUUAUUUUGAUCACACAUGAUUAUAACACUGAAAUGUUUAGGUGGAAAAAAAAUAAAAUCGCCAACAUACCUUCACACACUCACCACUUAAGCUUACUCAAAUAAGAUAGCAAUGAAUAAAUGCAUUUAAAAAAACAUAAUGUAAGUGCCUCCAAGAGGAUGCUGUCCAAAGGUUUGAUAUGAUUUUUUAAGUAAUACUGCACAUUAUAAAGAGGUGAUUGCACAUUUAACAUUAUAGCACAUCACAUCUUGUGAUAUGUUAAAUAACAUUGCACAUUAUUGUCCCUUUUUGUCUUAAUACUAUUCUAGUCAUGAGUGGCUGUAUUAAGUGAUGUGAUUGUACUGGGAGGGGUUGUAGGGUUUCAGUUUCUUUUGCAUACUAAUAUAAUUUGUGUGUGUGUGUGUGUGUGUGUGUGUGUGUGUAUACGUUAGGUGUUCUUGCACUUUUAUCACACCUGUUUUCAUUUGAGAUGCGACAAUUCAUUUUUUCCUGAUCCAAUCCGAUGCUGGGGCUGAGCAUAUUGGCCAAAACCGAUCCAAUACUACUGUUGAAUGAAUGAACUGUAUACCUUGCCCUGUGACUGAAGGCAUCAGGCUUGACAUUAGCCUUGUUAAAAAAAAGGUAAUUAAUUAAUUAAAAAUUAACACAGAUAUAAAUGUACUUAAUAUAUAAAUUUACUAAAUAUUACUUAUGAACAAAUAACAUAUUGCACAUUAGCACACAGCAAAGGAGGUAAGACUUUCUUGUAAACAUUUAGUGCAAAAGGAUAGACAGACAUAGAAUACAGAGCGAACAGAACCGCUGCGUUGCUGGGUAUGAUAUGAAUUAAACCACAAUAUUUAUUUCACAUUAAACAAACUGAGUGCAGAUAAACAGGUUUGUCUCUUUUAAUAAAAGCAGCCAAAGUGAGUGACUGUGAUUGCAAUACACAGUCAUACUCUUUCCUCUGUUGUCAGCCUGUCUGUCCAUCUGCUCUCUCUGCUGCCCUCAUACUCAGAAGUGCCAGGUCUACCCCUAGCCUCUCCUCCUCUAAAUGAGCCUUGGGGCUCAUUUAGAGCAUCCAUGUCACUCAGGGACCGGACAGCUUCGUAUUCACUCAAAUCAAAAACCAAUCUGAGGUUUUUACCGCCUGCGACAGCCCUGAUCACCACAUUGACUAUCUGCCACAUCCACUGUCUGACACAUUGACUGCCGCUUUGUUGAGCUGUCUCUUUACCAAGACCUCACAAGAUAACAAGAUAAUUUGUGUAAAAACAAGCAGUAUUUCACUUUAAAAAACUAGCUCCUGUGUGUAUCUUAGUUAUUUCAUGACAGUUUAAUGCCGUCAGUUUUACAGUCCUCCUCAUACAUUUCAAAAACAGGUUUGCUGCGUAUUCUCACAUUGACUAAAUUAAAACACAUGGUUACACUCUAGAGCCACAACACUUUACUCAUCAGUCAAUAGGUUGACUAAAUAAAGACUCAUUUACAGCCUUUCUUGAUGAUCCAUUAUUUGCUUUAGUCAUAUCUCAAUGUCCGAUGGUUUGGUGAUUUUCUUUGUCAUUUAUGAAGACUAAAGAAUCCUUUGAUUUUGGACAAUUAGUGGACAAAAGUAAUUUGAAGAUUUCAUUUUGGCUUUUGGGAAACUCAUCAAACUUGUCUACAUUUUAUUUUCUGAAUUAACUAUUAAAACAAAUAGAGAAUGAAUUUACAGUCAAAAAAAUAAUCAGUAGAAACUUUGAAACUUUAUAAUGUACAAUAUAACAUGCAGGUAUUUCAUCUCUGAGUUCAUCGUUGGUGCAUCAGUGUAGCAGAGGUGAAAUAUGCAAAAGAUUAAUCGGUCUUUUGUCCCAGACUGGCCAAAGCUCAGGGCUGAAACAGCACUGUAGUGUCCUUGGGAAAAUGAACUCAGUGUCCUCAAGAGGGAAAGCUUAAGCCUUAGCCCUACCAAAAAUCUAUUAAGAGAAUUGAAGAACCAAACCAGUUUGAUAGCAGAUGAGAGUUUCUGCAAGGAUGAAGUGAUUCCUUUUCAAGAGCAUGUCUUAUAAAAUUCAGGGCAGAGUGAUGGGAGGUAAUUGAUUUAAAUGUAAAUAUAUUAAGUUAAAAAAAAAGGAGGGGGGGGGGGGGGUAAAAAAUGAUUUUCCUGUAUGUGUGUGUCUCUCUCUUUUCCUCCUCUCCAUAUCUGAUAUGUGAGCCAAGUCCUCCUCCCUCUUAUGCUGAUGUAGUGUGCUAUAAUAGGUGUUGUGUGCCAGUGGAGGGCUGAGUGAGCUGGUCUAAUAAAAAGCCUUUUCAAUGAGCUGUCAUCUGUCAGCCGCUAUUAGAUAGCACCAUGUAAACACUGGCUGACAGCUGAGGAAGGCUUCUCUGUGCCUCAGACAUGAACAGGAUUUCAACAAUUUCAGAGGAAUGAAACUUAACCCUUUUUUCUCAGUAUAUAAACAUUGAUGCUAUUUUCUAUUUGGUGUGAUGCAUCUCUUCAUGUUUUCUUGUUUUGCAGAAUGGUACUGACUACGGGUUCCUUGUGCGUCAGAACUCUGAGCUCCUGCGAGCCUUGGAUGAUUUGGAGAAGACUUGUACCACACUGAGGGAGGAGAAUGGCCUGCUGGUAGGACUAAAAAUAACCAAGAGUUUGUAGUCCUGACUAAAGGCUUCCUAGAAAGUAGGACAGGUGUACAGAAAGGGUGAACAAAACAUUUAAAACAAGCAUUUUUUCCAGCUAAUGGUUAUUCUUUUCUCUGUUUCUUUAUAAUUCAUAAAUGUUGGCCUUUCCUCGUGUCCCUGUCACGAGGAAAGAAACACAGGAGAUGAUAUGAAGCCAAAAAGCACAGUAAUGAGCCUCCCUGACUAAGUGUUUCUUUUGUUGCCUCUUUUUGUGUAGCAUGGCAGCACAAGUGUUCCUUGCUCCAGGCAGAGUCUGAUGAUGAUGUUUGUUUCCCCAUGUGUACAGCGGAAAAGCAGCGCCCCUGAGACCGAGGAGAAGGUCAGGCGGCUGAGGAGAAAGAACACAGAGCUGGCUGUUCUCGCUAAGAGGCUGGAAGAGAGGGCGAGAAAACUGCAGGAAGCCAACCUCAGAGUGGUAAACUGCAAAAAAUAAAAUACCUUGAAGAGUUUCACCAGCUUAUAUGCCCUCACUUUGACCCAAGUAAUGACAGUGAUUCAUUGUCAGCACCAUCCAGACUGACAAAUCACCAUUACAUGUGGUAAAGAGUUAAACGAUAUGGUUCGUCGUAUGAUGAAUGGGAGCUCUGUUGAUAAAUACCAGCAGCUUUCAUUGGAUAUAUCACCACAUAGAAGAACAUAGCUUUUAGAGGGUCCAUGAGUCUCAUGUGACAACAACCUGAGCAUUUGAACAUGUUUUAUAUUUCACACACAACACGUAUUUAAAGCAGUAUUUUCAGAUGUCAUGUGAUGGCAACAAGACCUGUUUUUAGCUAGGGGGAGCAAAAUAAAAAGACUCCACAGUUACAGCACACAAACCUCAGCAAUGAUGAGUUUAGGAUUUAGGAUUUAUUUUAUUUAAAACAGGGACAAUACAUAUUUAUGAACAUAUACAUGUAAAAAUGCAAGAUUAUGGCCAAAGGCUAAUUUCCAUCUUUAGUCUCUUUGGCGGGUAGAUGUCAGCAACAGAGAUAAUAAAACCAAUAAAACAAAAGUAACAACAAGUAGCCAGUAUGAGCAGGAGGAGUAAUUACAGGGAGAGAAAACAUGACCUUAAAAACACAGUGAGACAAAAAAUUUAAAAAAGAAAAGCAAGAACAAUGAGAAGUAUAGUGGAUCAUGGAACAUAGGGCCCUAUUUUUGUGCCUCGCCGGCAGCGUAAUGUAGGCGCGGCAUACGUCAGGUCCGCCGCGCCAACAAGGCGUGUCCAAGCACACUUUUGUGUUUUGGUGGUGACAGAAGGCAGCCCCUCUGCAGAGGGCGUCCUGCACACUUUCUCAAAUAAGCACAGAUGGAUUUGGUGUGUGUAAUGUUGGACCCAUUGGUAAGACAAACACCGUUUUCCACAAAUAAUGACAAUCACAUUGAGUUGCAUAUAUUAAACCCCCACGUGACAAAGGUGGGUUGUGCGCACAGAUCACAACAUAAAUUCCAAUAAUGGCAUUAAAAUCGGAACCACCUGUGGGUAAAGAAAGCAUCACGCUCUGUGGCCUGGCUCUUUCUUUCAUAGAUGUUGGCAUAUAGGAUGAUUUUAGCUCACACAGCUGAAUAUUAUAAUAUUCGUAUGUAAGCCUAACUCCGGAUUGAAUAUUCACAGAAUUUUAAGGAUGUAAGGACAUUAGAUAAACAACUUAUUUUGAAUGAAAGUUUCUUUUAAGCUUUGAAUCGGCGAGCUUUCAGCGCACUUUCCACGCCGUCUGCGAGCACGAAAAUGCCACUGCGCCAGCUGAUUCUGUUGACACUUCCCCCUGCCACGCCACCACGCCCAGCUUGGCAGACCUUGAUGCACCUCAGUCUACGAAAAUACCAAACUGGCUGUGUGCCGGGUUCCGGCCCUAUUAUUUAUUUCGUCUUGUGCAAGGACUGUCUUGUUCUCAGCGUCUGUCACUCCUGGUAUCCUUGAAGAGGUGCAGUCUAUCAUCGAUCAGCUGACAGUAUACAGAUUUUAGAUUUACAUCACUUGUGACAGAGACACAGUUUAGCUCAUAACAAAUAUCCUGCCAUAACUCAAAAAUCUGGUCAGAUUAUUAUUAAUUAGGGUGGAAAAUGUUUGAUGUUAUUGGGGUCUAAAGUAGUUUUGUUUUUACAGUCUAAUCGAUGUUUUGUGUAUCACUUUUUAGAUUCACGUCUAACUCUGGGUCACUCGUUCCCGAUGGUUAAAAGAUAGAAUAUUUCAGGAUUCUUUAACCCCAGUCAAAGUUUUUCUCCCUGACCUGGUAACAUGUGACCUCAUUUAAUAACCACAGUAGACAAUCGUUACCCAGCAUUUUUCCAUUUGAAGAGGCUAUUUUAAGAGGAGACCCAGAUUUACAGUGUAGAGACUCCAGUACCAGUCAAGUACAGUAGUGUACAAAAUGAUUCAAGGACCCCCCGUCUGUGCCUGACUGCUUUGAAUUUCAGGAGCACCUGUUCAACAGACUGAGGAAGGGACCCCUCCCCACCACUGCGCCCCUUCUCUGCUGCUCACUGAGAGAUGCAGCAAAGUAGUUUAAUGAAUUUACUCCAACAAAAACUUAAAAGAUUUUUGAUACACUCUUUAUCUCAAUAUUUCAAAACUAUCCCACUGAGAAGUUUUGGUCUAAAAGAGGUCUAAUAGACGUCUAAAUGUAGCCUAGACAACUGGUCUAAAAUCAGGCUACCACAGGUCUACAAAUGUUUUUUAGACUUUUUGAAAUAAAUAUUUAUUGAAUCAUAGGUUAAAGUGCAACAUCUAAAUUCCGUCUAAAAAUAUACCAAAUCUAGACAGUUGAAAUUAGGUCUAAAAAAUGAAUGGACAUCGAAUAGCCGUCUAUUGCUCAGUGGGUGCUACUUCCAGUCUGAUAUUGUGUUAUUUCAAAGCUGGUCUAUGACUGUAACCACUAUCUUGACAUAGUGUUAAAUCAUAUCGUAUUUUGAAAAUCUUUCUGUAUGCUGUUUUUUUGUGAUUCAUCUGUAAUUUUCUGAUCUUUAAUGUUUGCCUCCAGCAGUAUUUUCCAGACUCCUUCCUGUUGAUCAGCAUGCAUUUUCUUCCCUGCUCUUAUACAGGUGAAUUCUCCGUCACUGAUGAGACCUGGGUCUGUGGAGCAGUAUAAGAGGGCUUUUGCCCGGCAGCGAGCUCGCGACCUAGCACAGCAUGCGGAUGCUCUGCUGUCCAAAGACAAAGAGAUUGCUGCCCUUCAGCAAGAAAACAGAGAGCUGGAGGCUCGACUGGGCAACACAAAGGUAUCUCUAACAGAGACACUCAGUAUGGAGUUUACUCAGCCUGCUCUCUGGACUGGGGACACUAAUUUUGAUCCAGCUUGAGACCUGCUUUAUUCUGAAUAACUGCUAUUUUUAGCAUAUCUUUGAUCUGCCCUGAUCCCUUAUAAGUUUUGACCUCAUUGCUCCAUUAUCAUCCCUAACACAUGUCCACAAUGCCUCAAGCUCCCCCUCUGCUGGAUGACAUGGGUACUACUGAUCCUGUCUCCUUCCUAAGCUCUUUUUUACAAAGGCUGCGUCACAGCUGAUGAUGGGAUGACAGUGCAGGAAUAGGCUGCCUUUCUAAGUGCCUGAUUUUAAUUACUGAUCCCAUGACUUAGAGGCCCAUUCUGCUGAAUGUGAACAUCUGUUGUCUUUAUUAAUGGAGGGUCUUACAGGGUGAACUGUGCAUUGAUCUAGUGAGUGUCCGCGUUUGAUCCCGGGUUUAGCCUAAACACAGUUAGGCCAUGUGGUUGUGCUGACGGGGGGAAGGGGGAAGCCCUCUUAACUUCAUGACUGGGAACGGUUUACCAUGAAUGAGACUCUAUUUUUGGAUAUUUUUGAUCUGACCUUCAAAACAAGCCAAUUAUAGAUCACAACACUCCAGAAGGAUCUUUUUUUAAAUUUUUAUUUGUUCUGCAACUUUUGAAGACUAAAUGAAAAGCUCAGUGCAAAGACAAAACUGAAAAUCUUAAUGUGAGUGGCUGGCAUUUGAAAAUGAAUAAAUAAACCCAAUCAAACCUUAAAUUUCUCAUUAUGAUUAUUGUUUAAUAUGUACUUAGAAUGGGGCUUUAACUUAUUGUCAGUAUUUUGACUCUGUUACUACACUGAAAAUUAAUAGCGAAUAGCCUCUUUAAAUUAAUUUUUUUCUUUGCUUGCUGCUAAAACCAAAAGUUUGUGAUAGUUCUCAAAAUCCAUAAAAGCUAAAAUGUUACAAAAAAUUCAACCACUCAUCAUUUUUUCUGAUACAUAGCAAACCAAUACUCAUAUUUGUGUUAAGUCUUAAAUACACUUUACAACACACACAGUCUGAUAUGACUCAGGAUGGACGUAUGAUGAAGUAAAUGGAAAAAGGACGUAACUGAUGAUGAUGAUGUUACCGUUCUCUGCUUGUGUCUGUGUAGGACUCCCCUGUUUCUCCUGGCAGGGUGGAAUUUGAGAGGCUUCUCAGGGAGUCUCAGAGGGAGGUGCUGCGCCUCCAGAGACAGCUGUCAGUCACCUCAUCCACGCAGCAGCAGCUCAACCAAAGUCCAGAUCCUGGGGGAGCAGAGAGGGGCGGGGAAAUUAAGGAGGAGGAGGAGGAGAAGGAAGUGGCUGAAGAGAAGGUAAGAUCUUUCCCUGAUAUCUGAGCACUGAUCACCUCUUUACUGACCCCUGUUGGUGAGAAGGGAUUUUAGAAGUCGACCAUGUUGAUGUUUUUACACUACAGCUGAUGACUUCAAUUCAGCUGUCAUGAUGUAAAAACAAUAACGGUGUCCAUAUUUUCAGUGCUGUAAGAAUCUAUUUGUUUGUGCUUAAAGAACUAAGAUAAUGAAAGUGAGUACAAAGAUUCACAAGACAAACAGUCACACUUCCAGGUGAUCUGAGGUCAAGUAUGUAAUUGCAAGUGGCUGAAUGAGUGUUGCUUAGGCGUUAGAACGGAUGGUGAGGUGAAAUUUGGCCGACUCAGUUUUUCUAAAAGUGUGGGUGUGUUUAUGUUGGCAUGGAUGCUGUUUUGCUGCGUUAUAUAAUGGCUUGUCGCUGGACUCGAUACUAAUCUGCCACAGGCCAUAAUGAGUGAUUCCCUGUCUUGAACUUGGGCCUGAUCAAAGAUACCACACUCACACACCAUCUGAUACCCUCAGUGUUUUAUACUGAUCCUGUUUCUCUUGAGUUCUUUGAGGCAGUACUUCAUCCAGGAAGUGAUACUUGACUCGGUGUAGCCAAAAAAUAAAAAAUAAAAUGAAAUAAAAAUGCACAGAUUGCACGUAUAAGAAAAAAUUACAUAAUGUUCUAAAAUAACAUAGCAGCACCGCUGAACAUCUGUUUAAGUGGAAAAAAUCAUUUACCUGGUGUGCAUUUGUAGUCUGUUCAUUUCAGACUGAAUCACUGACAGGCAUACGUCUAAUUGAAGUCUUCAAUGUAAAGUCCUCCUCCCCUCUGAUGUUAAUUUUCCUGCCUGUGAAGCACAAAUGAGAAUACCGAUUGUGGUAAUCUCCCGUUUGUGGGACACACACACACGCACUGCCAGUGGCACGCGCACACCCAGAAAGGGGCCAUGUUGUGUGAACUCUAAUCCCCUCCAACAACAGAAUGGUACAGUCCAGUAAUCCGCUCUCUGUUGCUGUGGCAGCGGUGAGAGGGUUUUGGGUGGUAGGUAAGACUCCAGCCGCUCUAAAGACUUUUCUAUCUCGCCCUGCUCUGGAUAACUAGCAGGCCGGGGGAAGCCUUGACGUUGCUGCAGGACACACCAAAGGGGUAGGUCAUCCUCUAAGUUUUCUUUACUCUGCGUGUGUAGAGGUGUCAGUGGUCCUUGCAGGUCUCACUGGCUAUCCUCCUCUGUGUCUGCUUGGCUGUGACACUGAAGCCCUGCAAGACCCAAAGUUAAGACCUAACACUGCAAAACUAAUCAGUGCCACGACAAAUCGGGAGUGUCAGGGAAGUGGCUAAGAGCAGAAACUGUUUCAUUUGUGUGAGAUCCUAAAUCCAGCAGCUUAUUUUGAAGAUUAUUUAUAUCUUAGAAUCUGCAUGUUGCUCUGGCAUUUCCACUCCUAGCUGAGAGGAUUUUGCUUUGAGGUCUCAUAGCAGUUGUUUUUUAAUAUUCAUUUCAGUAAAUCCUGUGGUAAAUCCCGUCCUAGUCUGCGAUGGACUGCCACUUUUCUUACAGAUUCAAAAUACGGGACAUGAAUGAGGCCUAGUCAAGGACAACCUGACAGAAACUGGGUUUUAUAACUGCCAUAUUUUGGAGAAUCCAGAUUUCAAAGCGAGCGAUUUAGGGACAGGGUGGCAGAGCUUUUGAUUGGUGGACAUCGAUAUGCUCCGUAUUAAAAAAGGAAAAUCAACGGCCAGGCCAAUCCAUUAAGGUGCUUUUAAAAGAAGUGAUCCAGUUACCCGUUUCAGUAGUCUGUAGGGAUUACACCAAUGUGCUUAUGGCAUUCAGGGCCUGCUGAAUGGGAUCUGACUCUGCUUUAGUACGCAUGAGCCUAAGGUGUAUUGGUUCCAUUAGCAUACUCUGACCACAGUGGUGUAAAGUGUACUCGAUAUAAGCUGAGUAGAUCAGAAGUUAGCCUCUAAUCUAGAACCUUAUCUGCCAAAAAAGAAAACAAUCAGCAUCACCCGCUGUGGCCUCGACAUGAGGAUCUGACGUGGGUGUUUCGUCAUCGAGCCUGUUAUUGAUUUAUGACCAUCCACUAGGAUUUGUGUAUUAACCUGAUACAUACAGGAAACAUUUUGUUGCAUUCAUAUUUUUCUAAAAUAAUAUUUAGAUCAGUUUUUUUUAACCUCCUCUAAUUUGCGAGGAGCUUUGUCGACCUUUUGCUAAUUCUUAAAGCAACUGACGAAAUCAUGAAAAGAACAUUUUAGUUUUAGAGAAGGUUUCGAUCACCAUGUCAGAUUUAAAUUUUCAAACAGCUCAGUGUCUGAUUGCUAUUUUUACUAAAUCUAAGACAGGUUAGUGAUAAAUAUCCCAAAUAAAAUGCAGCAAAAGAGUAAACCAUUCAGUCAAGCUGUAACUUUUAUGUAUGGCCAGAUGACUUAAUCAUAUGGAACAAUGAUGCAUUUAUAUACUGUGUGAAAGCCUGACUAGAUUUACCGCUACAAUACAUGUCGACUCAACUUGAGUCAUAGAAAUCACUUUCACUUCUAUUCAUGUAAACCAUUUUAUUUUAUGAAAAAUAUUCAUGCACACUCACUGAACUCAUUUCUGUGGUACCAUUUUGAAAAAUAGCAUUAGGGUGAGUAAAUAUCUGUGAUUUUUUUCAUGACUGUUCAUUAUUAAUGUUUUUAUUUUACGGUACAUAUAGGAUGUUGCAAUGACUUAUUAUUUUGGGUCCAGAGCAUUUUCUGUCAGAGGUACAAACUUCUUUACUGCCAAAAUGAAGAUUCAAUUUGACUGCAGUAGAUCAACUUUCUUUUUUGAUGGUGUGCAGAUAACAUCAUUAAGAACUUUUAGUAAGAAAUAACUAUUCUGAUAUGAAAUACAAGCAUAUUUAUCAGUGUUCAUUCUUUUUUUUUCUACUGAUAUUAAAUAGCUUUUAAAGCAGUAAUUGACAGCAGUAAAAGACUUGAUACUGGGAAUAAAAGUAUCUUUUUGACUAAAUACUUACCCAGGAACAGAGCAGAACAUGAGCAGCUGUUAACACUUAUUAAAACAGAGGACCAGCAGGGAGACAUUCAGUGAGUGAUCAGUCUACAGUUUAACUUUAGCACCUGGUUUUUAAAUGUGGGUCUGAUGAGAGUCUUCCUGGACAAGAACCAGCCAUGCACUUUUCUUAAAUGACCUGUAAAUAAACUUUUUCUGUUACAUAUCUGGGCAUUUUGCCCUUCUUAAGACAGGACAGCUGAAGAGAGACAGGAAAUGUGGGAGAGAGAGUGAGCAAUGGGUCAUGUCCGGGACAUGAACCAGUGACCACUGCAACAAAAACUAUAGCUGCUGUAAGUGUAAGUAAGGUGCUUAGACCAUUAGGCCAUCAGCACCCUAAAGACAUCCCAUUUUAUUAAACUACCUUCUGAAUUCAACUAUUGAAACAGGUUCCCUAAGUAGUACUCCAUUGUCACCAUUUCUACAGCUAGCUCUCAACAUUUCCAGGGUGAUUGUCUAUGACUGAUACAACCAUCUAGUCUUCAGAUUUAAGGCAAAUUAUACAGAUAACUUAUCAGUGUUAUGUUUUUCGUAUGUUCAGUGCUGCUUGAGGGAUUACAAAUGUUUGCAUGCUCUUUUUUUGUUUUAGUUACAGUAAAAUAAAUGUUUGAUAGCUCAAGUAAAACAGCUGAUGACUCCCAGUCUGGUUGGCGUAAAUAUGAUGUUUUUUCCUCAUUAGGAAUUUAUGUAGGAAAAAAAGACUUGAUUUGUGCACAAACAUGACAGUAAAGUAGUAACUGUGAAGUAGGUACAGGAAGUCAACGUAGACCUAUCAGUGAUUCGAUAGAAGCACUGUUACGUUAAAGUUAAAAAUCCUGAAAUUUUGUCUUAUUGCACAUCUUUAAGCGUCCAGAUGUCUUGAUGAAUCUUUUCUUUUUAAUUAUUCAAAGUGUGUUACAAGGCCUGCAAAACUUUCAUUUUUGCUCAAAGUUAGCUUAACGGUUUGCAUUUUUGGAUCACUGACAGUAAACUGAUCUUGAUCUUUUCUCUUUCCAUAUGAAAAAAGAGGAUUACACACUGCACCAUGACCAAGUCAAAUCUCUAAAACAUGCGCAGCUUGUUAGGUCAAACAGAGUUUUGUCCGGUUACUGUGUUGGCACAUAAACCUUUAAAGUGAUUCAUAAUAACCUAAGCCACACUCUAAUGCUGUCUAUGACAGUCCCUUUAUACCUCAUAACAUUGUAUAAAUCAGACAUUAUGUAACAGCCCACCCCCCUCCUCAUUCGUCAAAACCAUGUUAGAAUUAUAUCACAUGUGGCCUGAACCUGAUUUUAUUUGUCCUCAUUGUGAGCUCUCACUGUCCUCCUCUCAAAAUUAUUGCUCUUUUUAUCCUGAGGUGAUAGACUUUGGUGUUAUUUUAGUUUUAGAUCCAAGCUCAAAGUACUAAAUUGAAGGGGAAGAGAUAUUAUUAGUAUGACCGUUACUAAACCAAAAUGUUCCCAAAAUAUUAAAAUGCCCAAUACAAGCCAACGCAGACUUCACCUUUUUUGAAUCGCUGCUGUAAAGCUUCAAGUAAAAAGCACAUUAGUCCAACCAUUUCAUUUUUGUACUGAGUUUGUUUAAUUGGGAAAUGACUGGGAGCUUUCGGGUCCACACAGUCCUGUUCCAGAUAUGACUGCUCAUUGCUUAAGUGUUGAUAGAAAUCAGUGAUAUGUAUCCAACUAAUUAUGUGCAUUUAUUUAUUUUAUUUGAAAUGAUAAUAAUGAUUCACAGUGAGCUCUUUGUAUGUGUCAGUUAAAGAUACUUUUAAAAAUCAACUUUGUAUCCCUAUAACAUCCUAAGAGGUCAUGUGAGCCCAUUGUUAGCUUAAACUUUGCAAAGAAAACAUUUCCCUAUGAACUUAAGAGUGAAAUGACCAAGAAAGCUUCCCAAUUAAAAACACAAAAGCAAACAUGAUGUCUCUGGUUUAGAUGUCUCGCCACCCUGAUGUUAGUGCCGCCUCUUUGGGGCCAUAGAAAAUUCAAUACAGCCAUGUCUGGCCCUCUGGACAACCAAUUGAUAGGCCUGUCUUUGCCCUUUUAAGGCCUGGGCUGUAAAAACACUGUGAUCACAUACAGUCUAUUUAGACAACUUAGGGAAUGUGAUUUAGUUUAAGUCAGUUAAACUAAAGCUAUCAAACACACAUCCUAAAGAUAUUGGGGAGUUUGGCUCGGCCAAAACUUAAAAACAAAACAACAGUUUUCUGUUCUCUUUAGUCUGCAUCCACAUAUUAUCCUCCUGCAACAGUUUUCACCCUUGGCAUGUGUUUCUCUAAGCUGUAUUUGGAGAAUAAAUGGUGCUUUGUAAUUCAAGCUUAUCAUUAGUGUUUUUGUUAUGUAUUUUUAAAAGAAAGGUGAAAACAGUCUUUGUGAGGCUGGUAUGUCAGCCAUUGAGGAUUUUCGCAGGAGAAGCAGCUUAGAAAUGGAGGUAUGCGUUCAAAUAUUGCAACAACAACAACAACAACACCAACUGUUUGUUCGUGGUCACACAGAGAUUGUAGCUUCACCUCUGCUCAGGCGUCACUCCCAUCUUAGUCCAUGGCUGCCAGAUUGUAGCGGUAAACUCCACUCACUUAAGACAGCCCACUCAAUGGGUAUAAAGUGUUACGAUCUAAUUAGGAGUCACAGGAGGACGGCGUGAUUGAACUUUAACCGGACAAAUGCAAUAGUGGGCAGUAAGCCAGAAAACGUAGAUUGCUGGCACAAAGUAGCUUGUGAUGGAUUUGACAGGAUGACCACCAACUGGAACCAGGAGGAGAAAAUCAGCUGAGCACUUGUCCAGAGCUCUCAUUCCUGUGCACGGUUUAUUGUAAAGGGGCCAAAGGAAUUAGUGCCUCCUGCCGGCCUCUCGUCACCACUACUAACACCAUAUGGUCUCCUGUCCAAAAGAUAAACCAGGGACAGCUUCACCGAACUUCACAGACAGGCCGCCAAGCUGACGCCAAACUGUCAGAGUGUAGGUCCUCAGUCCAAUUCUUGGUACACAAAGUCUUGGAGCUAACAGAGCUGCUGUGAGCAGCUUCACGUGUGAAAAGAAGACAAGCCUCCAGCAUUAAGCGCCUGCAUGUCAGCCUGGAUCGACACCGGCCCACAGUGACCCCUCUAAGGAUAGGGGUAAAGCUAUUGAGUGGAUGGAUGCCAGCACACUUUCACAUGGUUUUCCGACUGCAAUCGAGCAGUGUACAGAUUCAGUGAAAAUUCUGUGAAUGAGUACACUGAUGGGAGAAAUAUAAGAAAUACGUUAGUCCCGCAUAAAUGUGGACCUGUCCGUCUUUGAAGUUCACCAUCCUGUCAAAUCAUUGAGUGUUACAGAUCAUGCUGGUUCUACAGUUGUAGUGUCACUGUUUAGCUGCUGAGGAAUAUCUCCACCUCAUUAUGACAGGUCCAGUGUUUAAGAUUAAAAUGAUUGAGGAUUUCAGCAGUUCCUCUGUAAUUGAAAUAUAAAUUUGUGUACUAUGUGUAUCUCCUUUGGAAAAAGAUGAAUGUAAAUCAAAUCAUACUGAAAACAAGAAAGCUUAAGUUCCCUUUUAUAUACUCUCUGAUGAAAAUAUCUUCUUGUUUAAGACUGUUUUGGGAAAAUAUUUAUUUGCAUGUCACCUUAUUUAAACCUAGUUGCAGAGGUGCAUAAUUUAUUUUAAUGCAUUUUAUUUCUUAGGCUGAUAUCUUGUAUAACUGAAUGAAAACUUUUACAUUAGGUAUCAGAAAAGAAAUUGUAAACUAAAAGUUUUGAGAAUAUGUUGCAGACCUCUAAGACACUAGUAUGUUUUAAUGUUUAUUUCAACAUAUUUUGGUGGUUCAGUUGUUCUUAGUGCAGGAACCAUUAACUGGUGUAAGUGUCCCCUCCCUUUCCUUUAGAAAAGAAACCACUUAAAUGAUUGUCUCUGCAGUCCAGAGGGAAACACCUUCCAGUGCCUAACAAUCAAAAAAGUUUAAAGGAGAGAUCCCCUUGGUGGCACGUGGCAGAGCGCCCUUGAUCCUGUUAUUGGGUCAUGGCCUUGGCUGCACUAGCACAGUUUUACUCUGAGCAUAAGUAGGUUUGUUCUAAAUUUAGAUACUGAUUCUCCGACUCUUAACCCCUAACCAAUGUCAUCCUUCCCCCCUCCUCCACCCCCACCUUGGUCCAAAGUAGCUGCAUUGUCCCAUGUCUAUAAACGAUGAAAGUGUAACAGUAAUUUGUUGAGAAAAGCCACCUGCUGAGAAACAUUGAGCUCUUCACUCUUUAGCUUAAUUAGAUAAGAGAAGACCUUUGCUAAUGUGCUGCUGGAGGGAUUCCCCCCGGAUUAUUCAUUGAUUAUAGUUGGACCACUGAGAAGACGUCUUGGUGAUAAUCUCUCACUCACAGUGGGGGUGUGAAGUAAAGCGUAACUGUGCAGCAUAACAAUCAUACACUCACUCCUCUGUCAGCAGCCUGUCAUGUUUUUAACCCAAGAACUGAAGCUUCUUGUGCAUGCUUGCUCUUCAAGAUCGCCUCCAGUAAAUUCAUUGGGACUGACUGAAACAUAUCCUCCAUCAGGUUGUAGGAGAGACCCCGUGUGUGGUGUUAGAUGAAGCUCCAUCCAGGCGUGAGAAGACUCCCGGAGAGGAGGAGGAGUCGGGGCUGCAAGUGACGCCCCAACCGGGCCUCAGCCCGACCCCCUCCCAUCAGGAGGAACACUCAGAGGAGCAGCGCCUACAGUUUCUGGUGAGAGCAUCCGACAUUACUGCACACCCCAGUAUCUCUUAAUAACGCUAUUGUAUGAGGCUUUACUAAAUCUCAUAGUUUAUGUAGUUCUGACAUGCAACAUUUGUUUAUUUGCUGUUUUAAAUAUCAGCUUUACAUUCAGUGUAAGUCUGCUAAGAACAGAUGUAAGUUGUUCCGCUGGUGCAGCAGAGGUUUGCUAACAGAGAGUGAUUAAAUGUUCCUGGUUCAGCCCUGAUAUCAGUCACUCUGAGGGGUCCUUCCUGCAGGGGUUAUUAUUACACAGUGUGCAUAUCUGCUGGAGGAAAGCAGGCUUUGUUCUCCAUUUUGCAUGUUCAUGAAACUGAAGAUCUAAUUCAGGGCUGCUGUGCCGGAGUAAAACUAUGGUCAGAUUUGUUAUGUAAUGCUGGGAUUAUUUUGAUCUCGUCACUUGGAAACAGGAGAGUGUAUUGCGCCGGCUGAUACAACGAGAGGGUCUCAUGGCUUAAAUAGACCACAUCCUCUCUCAGCUCUGUUAGGAUGAAAAGUAGAGAUUGCAGUGCUCUUUUUUGAGCACUUAAAUCUGAGAUCACAUCAGUUAGAUUUUAUACACUAACAUUAAAAGCUGCAUGUCUCCUUGCCCUUUACCAUGCAGAGACAUUUUCAUUUCUAAAUCGUAGAGGAUCUUAUCUGCUGUACACUCAGUGCUCUCACUAAAAAGCAUUUUGAAAAGCUGAUGUAGCAGUUUUUUCAUGUUCUGUAUAAAAUUGCCGAUGUACCGCUGUGAUUCUCUGAAGUAAUGUGCUGCUGUAAAUCUCUCUUUUCAGAGAUUUUCUUUCCUGUUAUUGUGUAUAUACUCCCUUUUUUUUAAACCAGCUUAUUCUCGUGGCUUAAAUUGUCAUUAAAGCUGCAAAAUCAUCCAAGCAAGAGCAAGGAUAUUAUGAACAUGACUUAGUGUUCAAGGUCCUGAUCUGAACAUUGGUGGACUUGGUCCAUUCAACCUUUAACUGAUCACAUAUAAAUCACUAUUCUUUCUAGGGCUGUAAUCAACCAAAGAAAUUCUUGGUCGACUAAAUCCCUGAAAUUUUCAAACAAAAAUCGACUAAUGGGGGGGUUCCAAUUCAGACGAGACAACGUGGCUCGGCGGGGUGAAAAUAUACUGAUAUCAGCACAAGAAGAAAAUUGAACACAAAAGGCUAAAAUAUUAACAUUCUGCAAAACACCAGAUGUUGAUUAAACAUGGACGCUCUUCAGUCUUCUAGUUUCCUGCUGGUCUCCUGUGGUUUGGCUGGGUUGGCAAAUCCAAAAUGGUGAAAACAAGGGGGCUGCUCUGGUAUGAGACAGGCUGUUACCUGUGAAAAGGGGAUGCACUGAAAACACCCCCAUUGGCCCUUGGUACGUUCCUCUUGAUGAAAUUAACCAUAGACUGUAACUUGACGCAGAAAAAAAUCCUGACCAAUCAGAAUUUUGGUUGACUCAGCAUGUAUCGACCAAUAACUCGACCAGUCGACUAGGACUAUACAGCCCUAAUUCUUCUUCUCUCUUCUAAAUGUACUGUACCUCAAAGGAAUAUUUCUGGGACACAUUUGGGUGGUUACUUAGCUCACAUUAGCAGUAAAUGUAUAUGUAUUUGGUCAUGUCAAGAAAAUCAUCAGGCAGGACUUUGGAGCUGAACUUGCUCUUCAGUUGACCUGUUUCUUUUGCCAAUUCUGCCACAGGGGAUUUGUUUCUGUGUCCCCUUCAUAACAUAACUUCUACAUCAUUCUUGAUUUCCCGUGGGGCGGGCUGAGGGUCGUAAUCCUUACAUCAACUAACUGUCAUGGGAAGGGAAUACAGUUUUAGCUUGUUGGAUAUCUCAAAGAUUUCAAUGAGUUUUAAUAACAAAGCACAUCAGAUACAAAAUCAAAGAGCACCCCCAAAGACUACAGCGGACUACACAAAAGAUAUUUGCAGCCACAUAAGGAGACACAUGCAAGUCUACCUGCAUGGUGUAUUGUAACGCAGUGUUGUACAGGCACUCGUGCUGACCCGAGAACAGACUGUAAUUUAUGUUCUUAUCUGGCAUUAUAUUUCGCCUCACCAUCAGGUUACAGUUAACACAUAAUAACUACUUGGUGUUAUGAACUGACUGGAGUACAGACAAAUCUGAUUCUUUUACUUAAAGAUCCAGCUGUACUUCUAAUAAGCAAAUGUUAGCAUGCUAAAGUGUUGGUAUUGUCAUUGAGUACACUUGUGAAUACUUCCAUGAACAAUUUGCUUAAAGCCCAGUUUUUAUUGGUCUCAGUCUGACAGACUGUACACUCAUUUUUAUCAGUGAUCCAAUAAUUUUUAGCAAAGGCCCUUUGGAAGUCCUACGAUAAGUUCCUCUUUGUGGAUUAGAACAAUCUGAAAUUUGAUAAUGAGGGAAGCAGCUUGUGGUGAGUUCAUAGGAAGAUUUAGUGAAGAAUAAAAUCAGCCCCUCAUCAGCGAAAAGUUCAUUUAAAGUGUCGCCUUUAUUGUGAAACAGCUGGGAAUUCAUUUAUGUUCCAAUCAGUGAAACGUCUUGGUGGUUUACUUUCACAGUCAUCACUGCCUCAGAUCAACAGAAAAUCAUUGCUCCAUAAACAGAAGUCAUUAUCCGGGUCUUUAGAGCUGUGAUGAUACAAUCAAGCACAUCAGCACACAGAUUGCAGUUUAAUUACGAUUAUUGUCUUGCUGUGUCAUCAUUGGAGGGAGCUCUGUCUCUCCUCCAGUCAGCUGCUGGUGGUCUGCAAUUAGCCUGUCCGUCCUGUAGCCUCCCCCACACUGUCACAGUGGUAAUACUUGAUUGAGGCCCAGAGGCCAUGCUGAAAUAAGCUGAUUUCUCCAAUGCUGCUCCUGCAUGUAAGCUGCAUUUAGAAUAAUUAAAGGAUGCUAAGCUUUGCAAUACCUCAUUGCUGUGAUGUCGGAGGUCAAUAUGGAAAUAAAGACAGCGUGCCCUGCAACCCAUAAUAUGAGUCUCUAAAUCAUUUGUCAUACUACACAUUGUUUAUCCUGGUUGGCUGUAAAGCAGUAAUAGGUGCAUGGGUUGUGAUUUUAACAUUGUGAAGAACAAGAUCUAGUAUUGACUUAAAACAAGCAUUUAAUUUGGCUCUUCCCUUUCUGUCUCUGUCUUGGUUUAGGAAAGUGAGCUGAGCAAGAAGAGAAAAGAAUGUGAAAACCUCGAGCAUGAAGUAAAGAAGCGACAGAAGAGAUGUCUGGAUUUGGUAAGCGGUCCUUGUGCUCCAGAGUUUCCUCUCACACACUCUCUGGUGGUGCUGCUGUAGGCUGGUUUGAGCGUCAGCGUUGAUAGAACUGGAUUUCCUGAACUUGGUGUUUGGUUACAGGAGAGCCAGCUUGAGGAUGAGCGAAGCAAAAAUGAGCAACUGAAGGAGGAGGCGGAUCUCCUCAGAGGGAAGGCACUGCUGCUCGACCAGGUCAGCGCCUCUUGUCCUUCACAGCUCCUCAAUGAAAAGAUUUGACAGUAUGUUUGCAAACAGACACAAUUAAACCUGCUGUUACGUUUCAGACUCGGGCUGAGAAUGAGGAGCUGAGGGAAGAUCUCUCUGAAGUGACCGCUCAACACAAUUCAGUUCUCGAGGAGAACCAGAGACUCCGUGCCAAACUGGAGAACCUAGAGCAGGUCCUAAAGGUGCUGCUUGUGUCGGAUAUCAUUCCUGGUAUUUCAAGUCUCACUGUUGUUGUUUUUCCAACUAACAAACUCUUUUUUCUGAACAGCAUAUGCGUGAGGUCGCCGAGCGAAGGCAGCAGCUGGAAUUGGAACAUGAGCAGGCACUGGCUAUCCUUAAGUUCAAACAGGAUGAGAUCAAACGCUUACAGCGGGUAAUGACUCCUACUGUUGUACAUUAAAUGCAUUUGAAUGUUGAUGCUAUAAAUGUUUGAUAAAAUCAGAAAUUUCACGCUAAAAUCGAAGUUUUUAUGUCAUCAAUAAGGCUGCUCAAGGCCUGACCUUUCUUAUUUGGGAUUUUGUCCAGCAGGAGGCAACAUUUAGGCACCUAAAAAGCCCCUGUGUUACAUUAACUAAGCUUGCUGCACCAUGUAUGGACUUGAAUGAACAAAUGCCCAAUGUUACUCUGACUUUGAUGUCUUUCAUGAUCACCAGGCUCAGUUAUUUGCCAAGCGGGAGCAUGAGGGAGUGGUUCAGAUGCUUGAGGUGAGUGUGCAUUCGAAAGCAUCUAUAAAAAAAAGAAGAAAAGCAAGUGAAUUUUUUUUCCUCCUUUUUUACCUGCUUCACAUUAGAGCUCAGAGUCUCUUUCAGGAGUUCACGACAAGUUAUCAAAACACAAAUCAAAGAUGCCAGUUUUUAUUGCAACCACAUUAAACAGAGGGGACCUGUUGGUCAGAUUUCCUCCGUUUUUGAAGUGAGUCCUCCUCUAACAAGAAUGAAUUGAGUUAAUAAUUUAAGAAGGAUUUUCUCAUCUCCUUUAGACCAUGCUAAAAAGAUAUAAAUAUUUCAUUAUCUCUGUGUCGUCUUCAGACAAAAGCAGCAGCAGCACGGUCAGCACAGUACAAAGGGCUCUGUAUUCUUAUCUUAACACCUGGCAGAGAAGCUGCUGCCAAAAAUACUUAGUGAAGCACUCAUUGGCCUUGAAAACCGUUUGAACAGAUGGCGUCUCUGCUGCCUUGUAACGUUUCGACUUGCUCUCAAUGUGAGUGUUACACACUUUGAAUUCAAAAUGAACCCAGACAGUCGAUGACAGUUAAGUUUCCAUCGUCUCUGAUUGGCUGCAGAUUUUAAAUGAGGCGGAAAAAAAAGGAAACCUUCAAAAAUGUCAUCAUCUGCCCUCAAUGACUUUAGAUGUGUGCUGUCUGUGUCUGCAUUUUACACACUGUGCAUUUUGCAACACCAGUUUGUCCCUAAAUGAAGUUUGUAUUUUAUUUUAGGAGUUGACGCAGCUUGUAUUGCGGAGGGAGCUGGUAGAGUAUAGCUGCUCCUGUUGUCAAAGAAUGCUUGUUUCCUUCCUCUUGCUUUGCUUCUCUUACUUUCUUUCUUUACUUAAACCUAAAGAGAGAGUCUUUCUCUCUCUUGGGGAGAGCUUUGGCACCAAGUCAACACUCUGCAUUUUCACAAUCUGUUUGGAGCAGCUUGUGAAAUAACAAACAGAAUAUCUGUGUUCAUGUAAAAGGCAGGUGUUGGCUCAGAGGGCCAGGACUCGUUUCAGUGAUAUUGAUUCCUAAUCAGAUUUUCUUGCUGUGUUAUUCUCAGAUUGAUGUGUUUCUAUUUGAUCUAAUGUUCUUUCUUUCCAACAUUUAUUGUUUCACAAGCAUGUGUUUACUUUGGUUACCUUUUUUCUCCUUUGUGUUAUCCUUUUGCUAACCAGAGUACACUGGACUGCAUGCAGGUACUGUUGUUAACCUUUAGCCUGCUAGACCUCCUGUUCCAGAUUAUAAACCUUAUGCCACAGAGCCUUCCUGAGAUCCCGUAGAUAGAGCCACCAAACCUCAUAGUUUUUGAUUUGAAUCCUUCAUGUGUUCAGUAGAAAUUCAUAAACUGAAACAAGCGCAGAAGUCACCAAAAACACACUUUCAAAAUGCUGCUUGUGGCUCCAGACACCGAUUUGAUGCAAUUUUAGAGGUUACUGGAGUGCGCAUAAACCAGGUCAUGAGAUCAGUGAACAUUGUGUUUCUGUGGCACAGUUAUCACUAAGCUCUAAGCACACUUAUCAUGACGUCAUGUUUGCGUGAUUUCAUCAUAAUAAGGAUAAAGUCUACUUUUAUAGAUAGCAAACACAUCACUGAAUCUAGCAUCUGUAUGUAAAUCAGCACUCAUUUCAGCUUCACAGAACUCAGUAACGACUGACUGCAGACUCGGCUCGAGAUGUCGAGGUGAGAGCUGACAGGAAAUGUUGUUCACACAGUUUCGUGCAGAGGCUUUUGUCAGAUCAGCCUGCCAGGAAACUCCCACCGCAACCUGAAGUGAAAUCAGCCACAUAUAGAAACUCAGCAUUGCUAUGAGAAACCUCUGUAGUGUUCUGGAAAAUAACCCCGCUGUGUAGUGGCGUUGUUUAAGUGAAUGCAGUGUAAGACAGAAGCACAACAUGUAACUUCUCAUAACCUGCUUCCCUUUUGACUGUUUUUUACUCCUGCUUCUCCUCUCACCAAAAACGACCCAUCUCUAUUCCUCUCCAUUUUUCUUUUCCCUGAAGGUUGAAUUCUUUUGUUGGAAGUGUGUUAAAGAUGUUUUACUGAUACUUUAUCUUCCUUUGCUUUCAGACACCUAACAUAAUACGAUGAUCAGUUUAUAUCUUACUUACAAAUUAUAAAAGCAACAUUGCAUUUGCUUUUUUUCCAUAUUGAAGUUGUUGUUCUAUCAAAUCAUUCACCAUCAUAAUCACAACUUUGUGAAAACAUAUCCAAACAUAGAUUAAUUUUUAUCUGUGGUGAGUUUUCAAUAGUCACCAGAUAAGCUGUCUAGGUGUUAAGAUUUCUUCACUGAAAACUCUUAAAGCUUGUUUUUGCAUACUCGGCCUUACUUCUAUCCUGCAAAAGCAAUGCAGGCCAAAGGCCUUUAUGCUGUGUGGGCAGUGUGAAAAGCGCCUAUCAUUUCUGAUUAUGUCGGCGGUGCAGCAAAACGUGAGAAAGGCCUGAUGAGGGUUGAUAUUUACCAAAAUGUGGGGUGACAAGUACAUUUCCCCUCAGCCAGUCACAUUACUGGUGUUACUGUUCAAGUGACAGCUGCAGGAAGCACAUUUUUAAGACAACAAAAGUGAAAAUAUCAGCUUUUAUAGGAAACUCUUUUACUGUAUGACUGCUGCAGAGAAACACAAAGGAAACUCUCAUAUCAUUGCAGAUGAUUCAAACAUACUGUAGCUUGAUGGGGAAGCCUUUUAUAAACCUCAGAGUAUCAGUCCAAUGUUUUGGACAAAAAACAAGUUAGUGAAGAGCAGAACAGAAUAUAACAGAUUGUGCUCAAUGACACCUUGCAUCUAUUCAUAAUUGGGGGAAAGGAGUAAAAUUGCACAACGUUGGUUAAGAAUAAUGCAAACAUUGGACAGCCAGUUCUAAUCUCAACAGUAUGAGCUGAGUUCACACAGUUCAUAAAUAAGAUUUUUAAAAUCAGAGUUUCUUUGAAAAAAAAAAGAAUUUUAGAACGGACAGAGUGAUUUGUUAGUAGAUAGUUUUAAAAAAUUGUGUUAUAAGACAGAAUUGAAUAACUAGCCUUCAACAUAAGACAUAUAACAGUAAUACAAAGCUACACGACACAACACAUGCUCACAUAGUCUAACACAGAGUUGAGUGUUUGAAAUCUUCCAUUUUAAUUCUAAUGCUGCCGAUAGAGCUGCAGCUUUGAAUGCUGUCUGUGUGUUCUGCUGAGAGGGAGUUUCACAGAGAAAGCUGACUACCAAAGGCAGAGUUCAGAACAAUCUGAUGAUGAAGAACUUCUCUGGGAUUUUAUUGACUUCUUUGAGUGAACUUAAAGUAACAUGGUGGAACUGCAGCUGAACCAUUUUAAAUUGUAAAGAGUAUAUAUCCUUUUGAAAAUUAAUGUAAUGGUUCUGACAAACUAAUCCCAUGCUGACCAAAACAGAUUCUGGGUGGAUUACCUAUAAGAGUCAGAAAGGUUGCUAAAUUAAGAGAACUAGCACCCUAUUUGCAAAGGCCAAGUCCCGUCAAAGGGUCUUUCUCACCGUCUCUCUUUGCUGCAUGUCAUCCCCUCAUUCUUUUUUUGGUAUCCUGUCUCUGUGCAGCUUUCCUAUCUAAUCAAAAACCCCAAACUCCACAAAAUCACAUCUUAGAGUGAGUGACUGCAUUUGUUAUGUGCAUUCAUAUGUGAAUCUUCCUUGUCUGUGACACCACGUGUAGUCAAAGGUGCGAGAGCUGGAGGAGAAAUGCCGCAGUCAGAGCGAACAGUUUGGCCUGCUGUCCCAGGAGCUGGAGAAGUUUCGACUGCAGGCAUCAAAAGUGGACCUGGCCAGCACCAGCCUCCUUAACAAUCCCAGCCUCUCUGUUCUGACCAACGGAGUGGGCCUGACUACAGAACGAGGUGAGCCACACCACCAUGCCGUGUGGAUUUAAAGACCAAAAUAAAGCAAGGGAAUAGGAGUUGAAUAGGGCUUUUGGUUUAGCACAAGAGGACUGUCUUUUCAUUUUGCUGUUUCUAUUUUAUUUCAGUUCCAAUUCAGUUCCGUGGCUGAAGCUGUCAUUGUAUAUUUUCUUGUGUAUAUUUCACUUUUAAAAAGCACUUGACAAUCAGGUGAAAUGAACAGAUUGCUUUUGUUAAUUGAAAUGAAAAACAGACUUUCUUGCCUUCAAGAUAUUGUCAAACGUGGAAAUCAUUCAAAUGCACAAUGCAUUUGCUUUCUCUGAUUUAAAUUCUUAAACUUGAGCACAUUUUCUGGGGAUUUAUCUGUCAUAUCAGAGCUUUUCCUUCUGUGGCUGUGAAUACAAAACAUCUGAAAUUGUCCUCCACCUAACAAAUGCAGAUGAUUAGAUCCUCCAUUAUGCUUCCAGCUGUGCAAAUCUAGUCUUUCCUGCUUUCUCUCUCUUUCCUCUUCACUGCUCAUGUGUUUUAGACUGCACUGGGGGCUCAUGGGAUAUGGUGUCUCUGGGUGAAAUAGCCUUCUGGAGUCUCGAGGGAGGUGACACUCUCUCCUGCCCUGAGGGUAAAGCGCCGCUCGGUUCUGUCUCUGUGGUGUUGGACACUGUCACAGUCAGCAUGGCAUGUUCUAACACAUCAUCUUCCCCUCACUGUCACAUUCCAGCACUGCCUCAGAGCCUUUCUGUAACAAUUUGAUGUGUCAGAGUUUUCCUGUAACAGAGUAUUUCUAACAGUUUCUCUGUAAGGUUCACCAUCUCAUGAGGGUCGGAGCUCAGAGGUGAGAAAUGAACUAGUUAAGCCCCUUAACAGUGCUGGUGUGACACAAGGUAGUGUGACCCCUGACCUCAGACAGAUGGAGAAAGGAUUUCUCCUCCACUGUUUAAUCAGCCAGGUUCAACCUUGAGCCGCCUCCUGCAUGUAGAGCGCUGACCUCACCCACCUAGCUGCUCAUGGAUUGCACCAGGUUAACCAGUGAGAGGGCCAAGCUUGUCUGUUAAAGUCUUGGAUUAUGUAUUUAUCCUCUUCCUCUCUCCCUCUCUCCUUAGAUGUGGCAGCUGCACUGCGGAUGGGGGCCACCCCCCACGCCGCAGGGCUGUCCAGGGUGGAGCGCUCUCCCGUCACAAAGCACCGAGAGCUGCCCACCAUCAGUGUCAGCAAGUCAGGCUCCACCUCCAGCAAGUCAGAAACCGCACACCUCACCCCCAAGUCUGACACCCAUCUCAGCCCGCACAAAUCAAGUCCAACACACGAGGUACCAGCUUUCUAGAUGUGCAGGGCUAAUGAAUAUAUUUUCUUAUUGUGAUGUUUUAUCAACAGAACAAAAAAAUAACUAUAAUUUGUUGCUAAUGAGAAUGUCUGAAGUACAUCUAAACCCAAAUACACUGUAGCCCUCAUACUACGGCCCCUUUUUCACACUCAGUUUUUGUCGUUUUACAACAUUAACCUAAAAAAUAAUCAAAAAGAAAGUACAUACAGGGUUAUUGGGAGAGGGGAGAAAUGUUUGAUAUCAUUUGUAAUUAAAUCCAUAUAUAGAUGGAAUAAAGUUUGGUUACUUAAAAAUGAAAAGGUCAGUGGUUCCUUUAAGUCCCAGAACUUCUUACAACAAAACAUAGGAAUUAUUAAUGCUUCAUUUCAGGGUAUAUUUAGAAUUGUUAUUAUGCCAAAUAUUUUUUACAUUUUCGGUUUUGAGUAAAAGUUGUCCGUCUCAUACAUUUAAUGAUUUCAAUCCUUUUAUUGAUUAUUGAGGAUUACUAUCAGCUGAAAGUAUUUGUGAUUAGCGUAAGUCCCGCUUUUAAUGGCACAUUUUUGAGGGGGACUUCAGAAAAAACGCUCUGAGUUUAAUUUUGAUUAAUUUUGCAGUUAAAGUCAUUCAUUACUAGCAUAUAAAAAUUGAGAAGAAUCAUUUUUGUUUUCUGGAGCGCAUCUGCUCUUUUUCUUUACACUCACAGGAAUAUGUGACUUUAUCUAACUAGUAUUAAACUUUCAUAUCUCAGAUAAAUUGAUGUUCUGUUACGCCACAAUAUUCCUGGGUUUUGAAUCAUCAACUUUUACAUCACAAAACUUGAAAACUUGAAGUGACUAUUCUGUGUGCUUUCACACCUGCCUUAGUUAAUUGUGUAUAAAUGCUUCGAUUUAUGGGAAAGCUUACACUCAAAAUGAAACCAUAUUGUUUAACCCCCCCCCCCCCCCCCUCUGUGUGCCCUGUGUGAAUAUAAAGUAGUGGCUUCUUUACCUACAUGGAUGCAGUCCUCAGCAGAGUAUUCUCUAGGGACAAGUCCACUUCUGCAUUCUCUUAACAGACUAACUCUCCGAUCACUGUGAAGCUUAGCUGGAGACAAUGCAGACUGAGUCUGUUCAGUUGUUGUAAUUCACUUUGUGAACUGUGUCACAAUGACAGCAGUGACAGGCACUAAAAGUCAACCUCUUAGCUAAAAUAGCUUGAUGUUCUGUGUGCUAUGGAGGACCUCAUAGAGAUAAUAAAAAUGACUUCUUCAUUUCAAAGCUGCCAGCCACUCUAGCCAUCUCCUUACCAAGAUGGUUUCCUAUUUCUGCUGCAUGCACUGGGUGUGUUGGUGUUUCUGUAACUUAAAGCCGUGGAUGUACAGUAUGUCUGUGACAAAGCUGCUUUUUUCUCUCUGUUUUUCUUCCUGGUUACGUCACUGUGCAGGACUCCUGCCUGCAGCCCCUCUGCUUUCUUUGUAUGCACAUACACAGGCAGAUAGCUCAUCAAGAUUACCAAGACAGCCAUGCCCGAUCACAUUGAUUGUGUGGAUUUAAUGGAUUAAAAAGCCCUCUUUAACCUCUCUGUCAUCUCACGCGAGUACACGCUGAAGCUGGACAUACGAACACUCCCUCUGCUCAUUCAGAAGAGAGGUCUACUGUCAUGUAGUAGUAAUUUUUUGUUGUGCCAUGUGUCCAAAGAGUCUGUGUCUGGUCUUGCGUAACAGACAGGUUGGUGGUCUUUUCAUCUUGUCUGCACACAGUUCAAUAAAGCUCAUAUUUAGUGAGAUAAUCCGCUCGCCUAUGUGGAUUAUGAAGGUUACACAGUAGUAGUUGUAAGUGAUUAUCUUUAAAAAGGUUUUCCCAGGAGCUAUAAAUACACCUCUUUCAUUGUAUUUUGUGGAACAGCUAUGAAUAAAAAUUAAGGUGAUUGUCUAUAAACCGCAAACCACAAUGACUAUAUGUAUAACAGGGGUGGGAAUCACCAGUGGCCCCACGAUACGAUAUAAUCACGAUACUUGGGCCACAAUACAAUAUUUUUGUGAUUUUUAACAUUUUGCAGUACAGUGAGUAUUGCGAUACAAUAUAUUGCAAUUUACAAAAUGUUUUCAACUGUUAGCUGAUUUAGCAUUCGUCUCUUCUUUAUGUUUGUCUUAUUCACGCUGCAUUUUAUUUUCAUGCAGCACAUCUUUCAAACCUUAUACAUAUUUGUUGCACUAACUUUCUCCUGCUCUAUGAUGUCACCUCUGCCAACCUCACUAGAAAAACAGUUGACUUUAUUUUUCCAUUAUCAUAGAUUUGACUUCAUAUCAGCAAUUACUUAGAAAAAUCAGUAAAUGAGACGAUAUGAUAUAUCACCAGACAAAAUAUCGCAAUAUUAUGCUUUAUCGAUCUUUUUCUCUCACCCCUAAUAUAUGAACACUAUAUUAUACAUUACACAGCAUUUGCAUGUGGAUAACCAUGCAGAAAAGCUCAAAUCUAGCCAUGCAUUUAGAACUAAUGAGCAGUUAUUUUUAAAACAAGUGUCAGGUUUCAUACAUGCUGUGGCAAAGAAUAAUCUACACAGUGAAAAGUCAAGGCAGCAGUUUUUUGUGUUAAAUAUCUCAUACCACAUUUUAUAACAAAAUGCUCUGUUGCGCAAAAGUUGCACAGUCAAAAACUCCUGACAUGUAUUUACUUUGUUGACAGAAUUAAAUAUUCAUGACAAUAGCCCUUUAAUGAUUUUUUUCAAAUGUAAAUGCUGACAGUUUAAGAAACCCACAAUAGUGAAGGUAUACUUGCUUCUAUCUAUGUAUAUAUGAGCACAUGAUGGCUUUCUUAAGUUGCCUACAUCUGAAAAAAGGAACUCUGCAAGUCCUCAAAAAUAACCCAUUGUGGUUGCAAUGUUCAUCUACGGUAGCAGCAGAACAGGAAGAAAAGAAAUGACAGUCAAGCAACAAGAGGUCAACUUUGAAAGAGGUGGCAAAGACUCUUUACCACUGCACAGCAACAAACAUGCCAGCCUUAAAAAAAGCUCAUCAGACUAGGGGUCAAAUAAUUGUCAGCCCAUCGUAGGUGCUGAUAUUUGUCAUUUGGCUGAUUAUUCAUAUCUGUCUGGGACUGUUAUGUCGAAGCCAAAUGAUGCCCACAACAUGUUCUGUCUACCAGUCUUCAGUCGCCUAAGCUGUUGUAGAAAUUUUCAUUAUUCAAGCCACAUAAAACUGUAACAUCUGCAUGUUCAGCUAAGGCUCUUGUUAACUUCCAUGAAUCAGACACUUACCUGAGCUCCCCUGUUGUACCUUAUAGAGCUCUCCUCCAGUAAGACAUAUUGUGCCUCGUCAUUAUGGGUGAAAUACUCACACGACUGGUUGUGUAUGUGAAGUUUAGUUAAACAGCAAGUACUUCUUCAGCCUGAGAUCUAAGUCAUUGACUCUUUGUCUUUUGGUGUGCUCCAGGUGGACACAGCUAGUGAAGUGGAGGAACUAGACAUCGACGUGGCCCCGGCACCUUACACAGCCAGCAGAGGAGCAGCCAAGCUUCAGGUUUUUAUUGCAAGAUACAGGUUAGUAUUUAAGUACCGCAAGAUUUGAGCCACUGUAUCAGCAAACUGCCAAUAUUUGAUCAAAAUAACUUGUUGUGCCUUUGUUUUCAUAAGCUAUAAUCCCUAUGAUGGUCCAAAUGACAACCCUGAAGUGGAGCUUCCACUCACCGCUGGAGAGUACAUCUACGUGUAUGGAGACAUGGAUGAUGAUGGCUUCUAUGAAGGUGAGACUGGAGGGUCAGUUGUUUUAUCUAUAAUUUCAUGUUUCUGUCUCCACAUAGUGUUCAGUGUUUCACUCAUGCUGCCCACAGGUGAGCUGAUGGACGGACGGAGAGGGCUGGUUCCCUCCAACUUUGUGGAGCGAGUAUCAGACGAUGAUGUGAUGAGCGCUCACCAUCCAGAGACAGGGGACAUGUCUCACAACUCCCUGCUAGACAGCAGCCUGCACAGUGCCAGCCACCAGCAUCACCUCCACCUGGGCGCCAGUGCCUCAGGAAGGACAGAAACCCAUACUCCCUCAGGCCCCGCCUCAGCCCUCUCAGACUCAGCAUCGGCCUUGGCUGUCCCAGCCCCCCUCACCAACGGCCUGGACUUGGAUUUGGAGGAGGUGGGAGUGGACGUUGUGCCUUACCCACGUAAACUCACCCUCAUAAAGCAGCUUGCCAAGAGCAUCAUCAUCGGCUGGGACCCUCCGCUGGUGCCGGCUGGGUGGGGCAAUGUGUGGAGCUAUAAUGUGUAUGUGGACCAGGAGCUGCGGCUCAAUGUGCCCUUCGGUUCUCAGACCAAAGCAGUGCUUGAGCGGCUGGACAUAAACCUCAAGGCCUACCGUGUGUCAGUGCAGAGCCUGACAGAGAAGGGCCUCUCUGACCAGCUGCGCUGCAGCAUGCUGGUGGGUCGGGACGUUUGUGUGGCACCCACGCAGUUGCGCGUGGAAAGGAUUACCGCCACCUCUGCCAACCUGACCUGGCUGCCCAGCAACAGUAACUAUGUGCACAUUGUGUCCUUGAACGAGGAGGAGUGUGAGCUGGUGAAGGCUGGCUGCUACUCGCUGUGCCUCAAUAACCUCAUGCCGAGCCUGCAGUACACAGUCAAAGUGGAGGCACGGCCUCACCGCACGCCAUGGGAGCUACCUGUGGAACGACGGGAACACAGAAGCGCCACUAUCACCUUCAGCACGCUGAUGGCAGGUCAGGAUUUUGUCCUUUCUAUAAUAUUUUUUUGGGAGCACCUUGGGAUGUUCUAUCAAGGUGCCAUGCUUAUUACACUUACACAUAAAACCCAGGCCAUAAAUGUAAUAUUGGCAGAGUAGUAGACCCUCAACACAUUUGGCAAAUUUUUGAUCCAGAUGAAAGUUUAGUCCUUUGGUUGAAUAAAAAAAAAACUCUUAAUCUUUGAUGAACUUCUCUCAAUUUUUAGUUUUAGAGAUUUUUUCAAUACUAAUGCAGAUAUUUACAGAGCAGCUUAAACUGAUGGCCAAUAUAUAAUCUUGAUAUCUGCAUCUUAUAAAUUGUAAGAAUUUAUUAAAAAUACCAACCAUUAUUAUUCAUGCAUGAAAACCCAGGAUCUAUGGUUAUUUUAGCCAGAAACAUGUUUUUCCAGAUAGAUUUUGAAUUGAUUUCUCAAAUAAACGAAAAAUAAAUGUGGCCAUGCUCUAGAUGUCAGAAAAUAACAUAUUUAUGCUGUAGGAAAUAUUGAACUGCCCUUCAUCAGCCUGAUUGAUUGAUUGGCCCAAACCAAAGCCUAAAGACGCGUCUUGUAUUUUAGAUUUUUGUUGGAGGCAAAUAUUGAAUAGACAGUUAAAGUGGGAGAGAAUAAGGUUUGUUGAGGCAGUCAUAUCAAUCUCUAAUGUCAUGGAGUGACUGAAAGUUGACCUCCAUCAAGUCCAUUCAUCAUAGUCCAGAUGUGGUAUGUAAAACAUUAAUCUGAAUGAGGCUGUCGCCUAAAUGCCCAGAAGCAGCUGUGACAGUCAUUGCAUUUUACACCUCAACCAAACAACGCUUUAUACCCCUUGUCCUUGACUAAUGGUACCUCAAAAACCUAACGUUCCCUGACAUGUAGAUGUUUUCAUGCUUGUGGGUUAAAGUGAUGAACAAACAGCAUGAUAAACUUUGGGUUAGCCAUGAUCAGAGUCACUCAGUGAGAGGUAAACCACAGUAACUGACUGAGCUGACCAAAACAGUCUCUCGUUUGAGUUUCAGUAGCAGCACUGUCUUCCUCAGCACUUGGUUUAAAGCCUAACUCUUGUCACUUUGGUGCUACACUUGGACACCAAACGCUAAUGUCUGUCUGCUUUUGUCAUCUCAAACCAACUCCAACCACAUUGCGUUGUGACACCUCAGAGUAUUAACGAACUGUUACUGCCAGUGUUAACAUUAAACCAAAAAUAGGAUGAAAACAAACAUGAUAGUCAUUGAGUCUUUAUAGCACCUUUUUUAGACGGCCGUGUGUAUGUCCUCAUGGUGAGCUUGAAGAUGUGUGUGUAGAUUAAAAGUGUGCCUCAAGACGCUGCAGCUAAUCCUACGCUAAUCUGAAGAUCAGCGGUUGGAUCCUCCGCACCUUCAGUCCGCAUGUCAAAGUCUCCGUUAGCAAGAUAGUGAACCCAAAUUUCUUCCGUAAAUCAUAAGGAGGGGGUGAAUUCAGGCUGUUAUAUGCUUGUGUCGUCAGAGGACUAAAAGUUGAACUUCAACCUUCUAAGUGUAAAGCUGACUAUCUUGCAUUGAUAGCAUCUAAUCAGUUUUCCUGACAUUUGGUCUAAAGCCAACUGCCUACACAUCAUCCUCCUGUGAGUCAACCCUCCUUAUCCUCGUCACCUUAAAUCUGACUCUCGCAGCUCUGUGACAUGACUCAGCUCAGUUGUUAUGAUCAUUGUGUUCACGCAGGAAAAGCUUUAACAGUCACCUUAGCUUCCAUCGAGGGUCCAGUUUAGAAAAGUUUUUGGGCCCCAAGUGUACCAGUAAUCGGACUAAAAUCUCUGAUAUCAGCAUUCCGAUACAAGCAGUCCAUUCCAGACUCCGCUCCGGCACCUCUAUCUAGCAACGCCCUGAUCCAGCAUGAAGGGCCCACAUAAUCACAACAACAGUGUGUACUAAGGUACUAACAAAGUACCAAGGAGUAGGAGUGAUGUCGGCCUUGUGGCAGUAUUUUUUGUUGAAGUCUGAAAAGGCAUUGCAGCUGAGUGCAAAACUUGUCAUGCAGAACAUUAUCGGAUCAAUAUCGCUAUCGGUCAGUACUGAAGGCUACAAUACCGUUAUCAUAUCGGAAGUCAAAAAGUUGUAUCAGGAUACCCCUAUAUGAAAUGAACCAACAGUCCACUGCUGGUUCUUCCCAGCUAGUUGCUAAAAACAUUGAACUUUUGGACAUAGUUUGCAGAGCUCAGUGUUUACCAGUGUGUUGUAUCCUGCACUCUAAAUAAGGAUACUCUAUCGGCAGCUGGUGGUUCUGUAUCCAUCUCACAGACAUGUUUCUUCAUAAGAUAUGCUUUCAUGGGCUUCCCCAACCUGCCUCUCUUCAUUAGGUAGCCAGAUCAUUCAGAUUUAGGGAUGUAACUUGAAUGAUGACACUAGAUGCCUCACAUACUAACUUGGUUUGAUAUCUAAUAUUUCUUCCAAAAGAGUUAAGGUUUAGUCAUCAUGUGGUGUUGGGCAUUUUCUUUUGUGUGACAUUUUCGACAACGUCUGUACAAGAAUAAGAGGAGAAACACAAGGGUAUUGAAUGUUUAUGGGUGCUCAGUGUGAGCUGUUGGUAUUUUGUUCAUCAUUCAGCCUUUUUAAACCCUGAUGAUGUUGGUUUGAGGUACCAUACUUCCAUUCUGCUCGUAGAAAAAUAUCUGUUCCUCUGAUUUAAUAUCCUUGGGCCUGAAAGUUGCAUACUGUUUGUGAUUAGUGUCAUCCUAGAUUUGUGUUGAUUUCCUAAAAUAAUUGUUCAAACUUGUUUAAGUUUCAUGCCAACUGUCUGGGAACUCAGGUAUAUAGUUCAAGUAUUUCUUAAUGUUAGUGUAGAGUAUUAGUGUCAUUUCUAAGUAGAGUGAUGUGCCCCUUGUGAAAGUUGCCUCCUAUCAUGAUUUUAUUAUUCCGUCUUUUGAAUUGUAUGACUAUGAAAACAUAUCUCUGUCUUUUGCUUCUCCCUGCCUUUGGUGGGAUACCUUGGGUUCCUGCAGGCCCCCCUGAUGCUCCUCUGGACGUUCAGCUGGAGCACGGCCCUUCGCCAGGGAUCGCCCUCAUCAGCUGGCUGCCGGUCACUAUAGAUGCUGCUGGGACCUCCAACGGAGUCCGUGUAACUGGAUACACCAUCUAUGCUGAUAAGAAAAAGGUGAGGACUGUGUGUUCAGUGAAUUUUAAUUUGGGGGUUGACUUUUUGUGAGAUGUUAAGAAUUAUUUUCUUUGAAUGAUAUGUGCCCAAUUAAUCUGACCCUUUGUCUCCCGUCAAAGGUGCUGGAGGUGUCUUCCCCUACAGCUGGCAGUGCCCUGCUGGGCCCCUCUCAGAUCCAGUCUCUGCAGGCAGCUCAGGAGCUCACUGUUCGUACCAUGUCCGCCCAUGGGGAGUCUUGUGACUCGAUGCCUGUCAAUGUGCCCUCCAAGCUGGCUGCCAUCAUGGCAGGCCCAGCCAUCAUCACCCCAGUCGUGCCACCCCUGUCCUGCACCCCUGCAGGUUGCACUAACCUGCCUCCUCCACCGUCCUACGGGAACUCUGCUGCCAAAGUCUCUGUGCUGCCCAGCUCUUUGCCGUCAGACUCUCACUUCUCUGGCCUCAUAAUAGAGGCUGCUGCCAACCCUCCUCAUGCUCUCCAUUCAGAGGAUCGUCUCUUAUCUGCCUCAUAUGUGAGGGCGUGGGCCAGCCCAUCUUCUGCUGCUGCCUUGGCUGUGUGUGAGGCCACAUUACCCAUAGCCUCCACCAUCACUCCUGUGGUAUGUCACUCUCUGUUACCUACAAGGAACCUUAUUUAUCAUUAGAUCAUUGGAUCAUUGGUUUCAAGUUGUAGGUCAGGUCCAUAUUGUUCUUGGAACAACAGAAAAUUUGGGUUUUAUAGUUUUACUACCAAUCAGAAGAUACACUUGUCACCUUCAGCAUAAAUGUCACAGAGGUGUCAUGCUGGGACAAAGCUGUCCCACUGCAGAGUUGGCAUCACAGUUUGUAACAGGAACACUACUGGGUCAAAAGCAGACUGGAUGGAGCAGUUGUCUAUGUGUAUGCGUGUGCAUGUCUGAGUGGGUGUAUGUGUAGCUCCAGCAGUGGAAUUUACCUCUCAUGUGUUUCCCAUGCUGAAACACAAAGUAAAGCCACAUAGUGGGACACCAGUAUUGUGUUACUGCAGGAUCAAAGGUAGGAUGAUGUUUUCUUUGGUAACCACAGUCUGGUGAGUCAUGGCCUUAAAACGUCAUCAUUGUCACAUGGAGGUGUCCUAUUGUGACUAACAGCUUUUGUCCCUGUACGCUCAAUGGAAAGUUAAGUUCUUGGAAUACUCCUGCAGGUUUACACACAGUCAUGCUGUAGUCAGGAUUCAGAAGAUCUUUUGUACCCACAGCCAUCAGACUUUACAACUCUUCUGUGAAUAGUAGAUGACUUUUAGAGACAUGACAAAUGAGACGACAGACAAUUGAAUUUCCCUUUGGGGAUCAUUUAAGUUCUUAUUCUUAUUUUUAUUCUUAUUCUCUUGUUCUGUUCCUGUUUCGUCUGCUUUUGGGCUUUUAGAAGUGAAGGACUAGAUUGGUCCUUUCUGUGCUAUCAGAAAAACUUCAACUACUCCUACAGCUGACACCAACUCCUUCAUCACGGCUAAAAGACAGAGAGGAACAUGUGAAAUUGAGUGUUAAUUUAAAUGCCAAGGCUAGUUAUAAAAAGUCUUGUCAGUGUGUUGAUUUGCUCUGUCUUUGUCAUUUAGGACAUAAUAAAUGUACUUUGGACAUGAAAUUUAGGACACAGCCUCUCUCUCUAAGGGUUUUUUCAGACUUGAUGAAAUUCCUCUGCUUAGUUUGCUUUUGAUUUGUACUCCCCCCGUGUCAGAGCUGAUCAAGGAUGAUACCCAGAUUUUAGUAUCUUCAGUAUCUUCUUUCUCCUCUGUCAACAAGCAUCCAGAAGCGUGUCACUCUGUUUCCCAUUUUUGUCUUAACAUUGGCAUUCCCAAAACUGCUGUUCUGAUAAAAUCGUCUGUCUGUCUGGUUUUCAGGUUCAUGUGACCUCCCCUAUCACCUCAACGCCUCCACCAUGUCCAGUUGCAGCACCAGCCCCUGUAGCACCGGUAGCAGCAAGCGCAGCAGUGGCAGCACCAGCAGUGGUGUUAGAGCAGCGCAGAGACACCGACAGCCCUGGAACAAUCCGUCCUUUUCCAUCCAUCACAGAGUUCAUCGAUGACUCCAGUGCCAAGCUUGGGACUCCUGAGCGCAUCCCAACUCCACCCAAAGCCCCCAUCUCAGACCUCCUCAACCUUCAGGACAUCAACAUCCUCAGACCCCCUGUUUCACCACUGGAGUCAGAGACAGAGGAGGAGAGAGAGAACACCCGCCUGGUGUCUAUUGAGGAGUUCCUGAGGCAGGACCAGGACCAGGACCCAGCGUAUUCCGGGAGGCAACAGGUCAGUCAGUCCCAGUGUUUUUACUCUAUUUUAAAUUAUUUUAAAUCCCUCACUGCAGAAAUAAAUGUAGCUAUUAGAUGGAGCUGAGUCUCAUCACUUCAAGGACUUUAAAUUUUUUAGAGGUUUCAAAAUGUUUGGUUGACCUCCUUGGGGGUUUGUAAGAACUAAAAGAGUGCUGGAUAAAGAGCAGUUAAUCUCAGACUUAAUCUGCGAGAUGUAUCUUCUUUGAUCAGCUGUUGAUCUAUAGGAGAGUGAUAGGGCCCAUCAAUCUUUGAACAAGUCAGAUGUCUUUAACUUCCUUUUCUGGAAGUCGUUAAUGUCUAAUCAAGCAAGCAGUGGACAAGACAGCAAAGUAAAUAUGUAAUAGGCUGUUUGGACAAACUUUCAAAGUGGAAGUCCACUGUGCUGCAGGGACCUUUCUUAGUACUUUCCUUUGAGUUUCUGCCAGUGUCAUCAGACCUUUAGGACACAUUACAACGACAUGCUUUCACUAUGUGCAAUCAUAAAAAUUCUGAUUGGGUAAUCCACCCGUCAUUGUUCUAAACUUUAUCCAAGUUCAGGUCACAUUACUCAUGGCAUGAAUGAAAUCAUCAGGAGUAACUGAGUCCGUGCUGAUUUAAAGAACUGAAGAACUUGAUGUUUAUUAUAAUAUAUUCUGGCAAUGUACUUGAAUAGAACAAUAGAGUACAAUGAAUAGAAUACAGCAUAAUGUUGUAAGAAAGUAAAGCAUAUUACAAUCUGUGGCAUCUGUUAAGUUUUUUUUUAAUCUCAGAUUUAACUUUGUGAGCCCUGCAGACCCCCUAUGUUAAUUCACCGUCUGUCAUGAAGAAGGGAACAGGGAUGUGAACAUUUAGUCCUCUAACCAGGGAACAUUGACACCUUUGCUUCUCAGCUGCAAAUAACUAGUUGGCUAAGUGAAAUUAGCUGUAGCUCUAAUUGAUGGUUCCUGCUGUAAUAUCAUCAUUCUCCACUACCCAGUACAAACAAGCGCAGCUGUCUAGUAGUCAGACAAGCUUUUGCAGUCCUGUACGUAGUAUGUAGACUUUGUCUAUGACCCUCAUAAAGCAUGGACGCAGUCUCAAGUAAUGUCUCUAAUUGGUUUCUGAAGAGGCUGAUUGAGGGGGAAGUCAUGUCUGAAAUGCUGACUCAAUCAAACAGACAAAGAGGUGAAGCCAAGGUGCGCUCUGAGUCCAUUAACAAACAGUCACACCUGCCUGUGAGUCAGCUCGGCCGUACCCCUUAUUAUGUAAAGCUACGCAUAUCCUCAAGUCGAAUGAGUGAUAAAAAAUAUGUACAGUGUGCAUAAAUAAAGAGAUAAACUACUCAGACCUGAACUGUUCAUUUUGAACCAGGCUGUAAACAUGUUGCAUUUUGCCAUAUAAUCUAGUAUUUAGACGGCUUUAUAUGUUUUUGUUGUUAAUAAAACAUAAUAAGUGGAGGGAAACUGAAAUACUAAAAAAAGAAUUGUUAACCAGGAUAAUAAAAUGGAAACAAAGCUUGAUGAAAAACUAACUGAGACUUAUUUUGUUUGUACAAAACUAAUAAAAAAGAAAUAGAAAUGAGGUUCUUAUUUUUCAUCUUUGCUACAAACACCUUGACUGACACACUUACCACUUAUUAAGUUACAUUCUAAUCCAUGUUAGUGAAGCAUGCUGCUUAUCAAAUUAUUCUCUUCACUUUGCUGUUAUGAACAGUGAAGACAUAGUCAUUUGUUUUCAGAUACUAUCAUUCUAUUUCUGCUUGAGAAAAUCCCCUUUUUGAUAAUGAGGAUCCGUUAGUUGCUGAGCAGAGUAACAUGACGUACUUGUGAUAAAAUACAUAAAAACAAGCGGGGGUGGGUUUUGGCUUCGAGUGUCCUAACUGGGACACUGACUGAUACAAGAAUGGUGUGUGGCAAUAUGUGAACCCACACACCAAAAAAAGUGUUUAUUUUUGCAUUUAUGUUGCUAACAACAGUCCAUAUUGCCACUAUAGCUUAUCACAGUUAAAGAUAUUGGGUGGCAUCUAUUGGACCAAAAAGGGGGAUGGGGGUAAAAUACUGUUCCUCGUUUUUUUAGAAGUUUUAAAGUCAUUUCAACUCAAAACCUCCUCAGGCUCUUUUGGUUCUCUUCCGGCCGGGUAACAAAGUUUACAAAAAACUCAAGCUUACCCUAAAAAACUGAAGUUUUGAAAAAUAAAAAGCUACAAACCAGCACCAAUAACACAUUAAAGCUAAACUGAAAUUGAAAACGUGAAAACAGAACCAAAAUAAAAACUGAUAAAAAUCCUGAACUUUUAUAACCUUGUUUUGCAAAUUCUGUUUCAGAAUUACAGCCGAGGGCUUGUGGAGCCUCCCAGUGACUACAACGCAGACAACAGCCGCUCAGACCUGUCUGACAUCCUGGAGGAGGAGGAGGAGGACCUGUACUCUGACCACCUUGGAGAAGUGCAGGGCAGGGGCUACACUGUGGCAGCUCACAGGGUAAAAGAACAGACUCUGUCACGCUCACCCACAUUGACACAUGCUGUGAGCCGUGUUUUAAAAACUAAGUUUGUGUCUUUCAGUUUGUCUUGCACGGUUCAGAUCUCACUUCUUGUUUCUUCAGUUAUAUUUUUCAUCAUGCUUCAUUGAGAUUUUGUUUUUCUUCCUCUUUCUUUUCUCUUUCCUCUGCAUGGCCUGGUUGUCCUCUGUGUUUUCUGCACUUCCUCUAUUUUCCUCAAACAAUAUGGUAUCUUGUCCCUCCUUCACCAUACCCCUUCUCGCUUGCUUCAAUUUGUGGCCGUUGUAGUCAAGGAAGUUGGCGACCCCUGACAGUGAUGAGGAGGUUCUUGAGAGGAUCCUUAAGUUACCUCCUCAGGUUCCCCUCAACAAGCAGCUGUUCAGCAUCCCUGAGGUGAUAGAAGAGGAAGACAGCAGCCGUGAAGAAACUUUAACCCACCUCAGCCAGUCUCGGCCCAGACCAGGCCACCUUCACCCCAGAGACUCAGAAUGCCUCCACCACAACCCCCAACAUCAUCCCCAUCAACCAAACCCACACCCACAUGCUCCCCCUCUUCAUCACCACUUUAACAGGGACCCCAGAUCUCUAACCAAAGAGUCAGCACUCAGGCAGGGGCCUCUGCAGGUCAAACCCAAGACACAGCACAGGGUGCACUAUGCAGACACAGUCGACACCAUCAGCUAUCCUGGAGAGGAAGAUAUGAGUUCGUAUGGGGGUCUGGCCAGCAGGAGGGUCCCGGCCCGUCGUCCCACCCAGCUGACCCCCACCAGCAAAGCACUGCUCAGAGGGUUAGGGGACCGCCUUAGGAGGGAGGCCAUGCUCAGGAGUCAAAUGGCUGUCGCUGCGGCAGCCAACCCUGACUGUGGUCCUACCCCGCCAAGACCCUACCCAAUCAGCAAAACAGUUCGCACUGUGAGGUCACCUGUCAGUCAUGAGACGGAGAUUGAUGUGGAGUACGGCACAGAUGACAAUGAGGAGCCAUCAGAGUACCCUCCUGGGGAGGUAGUGGUAGAGCAGAUGAGCUCUGAGUGGUGGAUAGAGGGGGCUCACGUGGAGCACAGCAGACCCCCUCACCGCCGAGGCCUGAAAGCAGAUCUGCCGGUAAACGUUUCUGCAGGCUGGUGUUUGUUCCUCAGCUCCCCCCAUUCCCUGUAGUACUGUGGGUCUGAGCCUCUUAGUACCACUUAGACAAACCAGCUUUUCUAUCUCGAUUACUGCAUCGGACAGAGGAAGGUCAUGUUCCACACCUCUGCCCUGUUUUACUGGUGUGGACCGUGAAUAAGAUAACUGAGAUGUGGUUAAGGUCUGUCAUUAAUCACUUAUCUCUUAUUUAAUAUGCAGGAUGUCAGGAUUUCUCCCUUCAUAAAAACAUGAUCCUGCUGCGACUUCCUCAGCUUAAAAUUUCAACCACCCCAGGCCCCCAUCAGCACUGACAGGCUUUUUCAUAAGAGGUCACUUCCUAAAAACCACACUUGGUGGAUUUGUAAUCUUUUACUGCAAUUCCAGCACUAUGCCAACGUACUAGCAGUGCUGUUUGCAGUUGCUACAGGUCCCUAUACCAAUAAUUAUGCCUGAAAUUAAGAUGCAAUACACGUGCCUGCUCUCCUGUCCAUAUUCAGUUCAAUUACUUUGUCCUCUUCAUUCUCUGUCUCUCUUUAGCAUCAUCUCACUGUAAUGUGGUAAAUGUAGUUACUAAUUCAAUUAAUAUCAUGGUUACAACAUGUUACUGUGUGAAAGGCUCUGGCAGGCAUAGAUGACAAAAUGACAAGAGGAUAAAAACAAAGCAAAAGCUUAAAAAUUGCUGUAAGUAGUCAUGGAGGCAGAGAGAGGGAGUAUGUGUGUGUUACUUAACAAACAAAUGUUUCCAACUGAACAAAAUAGGGAAACAAACUCCCCCAUUAUGUGUAAAGAUUAUAAAUUAUAAUUCUGUUAUCCAAGAGAGCGCAGCUUAGAAGAAGAACUCUGAGCGUCAUCAUACUAAGGUGGAUGACGACACUUCAAUACUGUUUUAAAAUGCAGAAUAAAGGAAUCUUAAAAAUGCAUCUAAAAAGUGUUUCAUCAUAGAUAACUAUUGAAACCCUGUGAUUGGUCAGGAUUCUAAAAAGACUUAUAUGGCAGCUUUAGUAUUUUUAUGAUCUAACCAGUUCUGUAUUUGCUGAUUUUAUAAAACUUUUCAUUUGGACUAAAGUGAAUUUUAAUUUUAACUUCCUCUGUCUGACUGCACUGAUUCUUGCCACUCCCACUCAGCUUUUGGUCUGCCAUGACCUACUUCACCUUUGCUAACACCACUACAAGACAAAAAAGACCAGAAAAGUGAAGGAAAACCUCUGCUCUUUUUUAUUUGGAUGAAAUAAAAACAGGGCUUUUGUGCCGUAUGAUAAAGUAGGAAAUUUUAUUUUAGUUGUUUGCUGCAACAGCUGAGUACAUAUCAAACAUUUGUGUUUGCUGUUAAAUGAAAAGUAACAAGAAGAAACAGCUGCAUUUGCUGCUCACUUUUAGGGCAGUCCCUUCCUCUUUAUUGAUAAUAAAUGUGUUGCUGUCUCAGAAGUUUUUCUCAUUGCUUCUUUUCCUUUUCCAGCAGGAGCCCAGCCAAAUGCCUCCAGCUGAGGCAGGUUCAUCAUGGGGAGUCCAGGCUGAGCUCUCGUCUAAACCGGCGUGCUCGCAGGCCAGGCAACCCAAAGGUCAGACACAGUUUCCUGUUUUAUCUUCCUGUUUCCUCUCUCUUGAUUUCUUUUUCUCGCUAGUCUUAAAGAAGCAGUGGCUGGAUGUGUUUUCCCUCUAAUACACCUCUGCUUUUGUUGGCAAGGCUUCCCCUCUUUCACAUGAUGGCAGUCAGAUUAGCACCUUGUGUAGGAGGGGAGGGGGAGGUGCUGGAGCUGCAGUGGUGAAGUGGGAGAGAGCCCGCUAAGCUGAGAACAGGCUUAACCCAAAGUGGCUUGUCAUGACAGGAGGAAGUGACAGACAUUAAAAUAGUAACCUCGAUUAGCCAGCAAACAAGCGGCCUACAGAAUAGAACUGUGAGCUUUCCCCCUCCACCACAUCCUCUCCCUCUCUUUCUCUGUCUCUCUUCUUCUUCUUCUAAACAAAAGUGAUUAUGACACAAGCUCUAUUCUUAAAUCAAUAAAGCUGACCCUUCUUGUUUAAGAGGGUGCACAGUUACUGAAACACAUACACGCAUGGGUACAUGUGCAGAGAGAGGAAGGGUGCAGCAGGGAGAAGUUGAGUCCUAUCAGCUAGAAUAUCAGUGAGGAUGUGAAAGUGUGCUGCUGCCUGUGACUCUUCUUGUCACAGAUGGGCUGAGUCUUCCUAAUGAGAUAGAGGCCACAUCUCCUCUGUGCCAUUUAAAGUCUCACUAUAGCUCGACAAAUUUCUCACUCGCUGUCAAACAAUUCAAGCUUUUAGCUCCAGCAGGGUCAGGCCUUGUGACUGCAGUGCUCUAGAAAAGGCUUCAAGCUCAGUUCUAUCCAAAAGGCAGCUUUGUGUGAUCUGCAUCUUUGCAUCUAUGAUUAUUCUAAAACUGUUUAUUGUUUUUUUUACAUUUACUUGUUCUGUUGGUUGUCGGUGAAAGUCCUCCGAUCUAUUUAAAAGGGUAACCUGAAAAGUGCUUUCGCUAUUGCUCGUUGCUUUAGGUCAUGAAGGAGUGCCCAUUUGUCAAACAGCUCGCUAAUCUUAGGAUCAGUGGUUUAGCUUGAUUACCUCUUUUAAGGACAUGCCUGUGCUCUGCAAACGCUGUUCAGAGCAGCUCUCCAGUUUGCAGGCAGGGGGGAAGGGCGGGCUUUUUGCAAGCUCUGCAUGGCCUCUGUGAGGUACAAAGCUGGGGUGAGAUCCUUCACUUUGAUUUGAACUUGAGGUUUGUAAAGGUUAAGAAAAUAAAGAAAAAAGCAAAGAGAAAGUUCUGUAAGGAUGCAAGAUUCUUUUUUUAAUCAAAAUCUAAUGUUUGCCUUUUUUCCAACAUCUUGAGAACUGAUGCUCACACUAAAGCUCAUCCACCAUCAGAAUUCCCUGUGGUGGUUCUGAAAUAUGAUCAUUCCUACUUGUAAAUGCUUUUCUCAUUGUGCACAGUCAGUGAGUUAAAAAAAGGAAACUAACUCAGCUUUGGUUUAGUGCAGCAAUACUUGGUAAAUUGUGUGAAUAUAAUCACAGAGGAUGAUUUUGAUAAUUGCAGUAAAAUAAACAGAAUGAUGAGUCGUCUUUUUUGAUUAUCAGUGGACAUGCAGAUUUUGAAAUAUUUAUAUCUUGAUUUAAAAAAUUCAAAGAUAAAUGUAUUUAUUUAUUUAUUUUGGCUAUUUGGUUGGUAUCUACUUUCUCGUCAUGCUCCUCCUCAUCAUCCUCAUCCAUGUUGGUCACUCUGUGCUCUGCACACUUGGUCGUCAUGUGACCAAAUAAACAUGCUGUAAACUUCUACAGUAACAGACUCUGAACAAUCUAAGAAGAGGUUAUAAAGCUUAAAGACACAAAUGUACAUGUUUAUUUAAACUGCAGCCUUUUGCAUCGUAUCAUUUUUACAUUUUCACAUUGAAACUGUAAUUGCAGUCCACAAAAGGUUGAUAGUAAAGUUCUACUUAAGUUACAUGCUUUUUAAAAAAAUUCCAGCUGAAUAUACACUCACUGUUAUUUUCUGUUAUUGCUAUUUUUCACAAGAACAAAAAUGAAUAUUUAUAUUUUCAAAAAAUAAUUACAAAGGUUUUUGAUUUUGGUAUUUUUGUGUAUCGGAGAGGCAAAACUUUACCCAUGAGGACAAAUCGAUCAAUCAGUAUUCAUUUUUAGUUUUUUUAGGUACAGGUCGAAACAUCCUAUUAGCUAAAUUAGAAUAUAAAUCAGCAAAGAACAGAUAUUUUUUUAUUCUUUUUACCAAAUGCUUCCAGGUUAAAGUGGGAGAUAAAGUGUUGUUAAUGUUUGUGUGUUUCCACAGGUGGUCUGGAUUCAGCAAAGAUAAAGGCAGACAGCGACAUCCGUAUCUUUGUGGCCCUCUUCCCUUAUGACCCCGCCACUAUGUCCCCCAAUCCUGAUGCUGCAGAGGAAGAGCUGCCCUUCACUGAAGGACAGAUCAUUAAAGUAUGUCCCAGCUCAAACAUGACCUCAGAAGUCUAUCUAUCUAUCUAUCUAUCUACCUAUCUACCUAUCUAUCUAUCUAUCUAUCUUCAUGUGUUUCAAACAUGAAUACAUGUUUUACACUCCUCUCUUCAGGUGUACGGAGACAAAGACCCAGACGGGUUCUACCGAGGAGAGUCUGCAGGUCAUAUGGGCUUUGUGCCGUGCAACAUGGUUUCUGAGAUUCAGGUGGAGGAUGAGGAGACGCGGCAGCAGCUGCUGCAGCAGGGCUUCUUGUCCACAGCUGCCUCUAUGGAGAAAAUCGGUAGGUAGUUGUGUCACUCUAGUUUGUAGCAAUGACUUUUAGACAAGAUAAACCUCUGUCUAUUUUAAUGAUGUAUGCUUUUAAAUGUGUUCUUAGAGGAAAGAGUUCAAAUGUAUGUAAUGAAAUGUAUUUGAAAUUGGGGGAUUGAAAUGUAUUUCUCCUAAUAUCACUUCUAUCCAUGUGUCAUUGGUAAGUGAUAAUAGCAGCACAAGUGUUGCAGAAUCCAGACCAAGCAUGAUUUUUAAGAUUUUACUCUCCUCCAGUUGUUGGUGUAAACAAAAGUCCUGUACAUCAUUUUUUCUGCAGCUAAUUGGAGAGACAGUGAGAGGAUCCUGUGACCUGUUGACCUUUGAGCCAGCAGGAAGCACUUAUGCAUACUUGUAUGGAUUCUUGUUCACUGUGUGUUGCCAUUCAGGGAAUCCUAACCAUCGACAUAUCCUCAGUUACUGACUGCGUUUUCAUGCAGGUGUCUUAAAAAACACAAACUUAAGUCAAAGUGUUUGCCUGUGGCGGGUCUCACUUUGCUUCAGUUUCCUGCUUUACGCCCAGAGCAGAGCAGUGAAUACGACGAGAUGGUUUAACCUUUUCACUUCCACUUGUUCUCGCUGCUGUGUCUGCUGCUCACUGGUUGUCUUUUUUUUGAACUGCUCUACACUGGCUUCUCAUUGUCUUCUUUGUCUGGUCUGCUUCUCUUAAAAAUAUUCCAUCUCUGUGUUGUCGUUGUUUUUUUUUUCUUUUUUGUUUCAUUUUCUUUUGGUUUUACCUUUCUUAAACUCCAUAAAGGCACUCGCACACACGCACAGCUUCCACGUCGCCCUGUCCCACCGCCGAAACCGAGACGAUCCAAGAAAGGUGUGUCUCACUGCAGAUUGUGGCCUCUCACCUCUCUCCUUUAUUCUCCUCUCUGGUUUGCUCGUCUUUCUUUAUUAAAGCUUCUGCUCUUUCAGUUGCUGCUUCUCACUCAGUGACCAGGGGGGAUAUUUAGGUCAGCUGCUGUAUUCAUCAAACCUGACCUUUUUCAAAUAUGACCGUUAAAUAUGCCAACUUUGUGCACAUUGAAGCUGUAGGAUAUACUUUGUAUUUAAGGACUCUAAAGGCCUCUACAGCUUAAAGAUUGCCUUUUUUGAGAUUUAGAUGUAAACACCUCUGCAGCAUCUUCAUAAACAUUACAAAGCACAUACAGAAGUAGUGAGCCAGUCCUGUCUGCUCUCAUUGGAUUUUUAUGUAAUACAUUACAGACAUUGCAGCAGAUCUCUGCCUCAUUUGACUUUUUUGUUGAAAACAUGAAGUGUUUUCAGACAGAGUUCUGCUUCAGUGUCACAAAUGUAUUACAUGAUCACUCAAAGUCCACUUGUUGAAGCAUCUGUCCCCUCUGAUCUCCAUCUUUGACUUUGUGUGUGUGUGUUAACUGAGACAUACUUUAUCCUCAGACUGGAUUAUUCUCACAUGGUCAAGUUAUUGUGUGUAUUCUUUGUUUUCCCCCACACCACCUCUUUUCCAGUGGAGUCUGCGGCGCUGUGGGAGGAGAGUUUGGACUCCUCCAGCCAAGGUUUGUAGUUAGUGUUUGACCCUCCAUUCAUCCCUGCAUGAUUUAACAGGCUCUUCAGCGUCUGCAGGAGGACAGCAUGAGCUCAUUUACAAAUCUUUUCAUUUAUUUACCAUCCUGUGAACUCUGUUUUUAAUCCACCGUUUUCACAUGGCUGCCAUUCUUCAAAGUAAUCUGCUCAGGGUUGAAGCUCAAAAGCUUUUGUGAUGUCUUAUUUUGAGCUGUUGGGAUUUGUGAUGAGACACGAGAUCAGACCAGUUAUUCUUUCUAAAUCAGGGUAUUAGCUGACCAGUGAUCAGUCAGGGAAAAUUUGGUAACACUUUACUUGACACCUAUCUCUAUAACGCAUUAUAAAUAUAUGUAUAAUGUUCAUAAUACACUGUACUACUGUAGUUAUAAACACUCGUAAAUGAUCAUAAUGCUUUAUAACAAUAAUCAUAACACAUUAUAAUGUGUCAUAACUGUUAACAACUCACUGACAAUGCCCACAUAGAUAAUGCAUUAUACAUAUGUUUAUGAUGUGUUAUAAAAUGCUUAUAAACUUGUAUAACAAUCAUUAUUAACACUUAAUUAUUAUCAUAAGGCUUUAUAACAAUAAGUAUAAGACAGUAUAAUACCCGACCUUGUAAGUCAUGAUUAAAUGCUUUAUAAUGGUUUUUAAUGUGUUAUAAACACUUAUACAUGAUCAUAAUGCUUUAUAGCAAUAAUUAUAACUAUAGUCAUACAGUUCUAUAACGUGAUUAUAACCCAUUAUACACAUAUUUGUAACGGGUUAUAGAGAUAGGAGUCAAGUCAAGUGUUACCGAAACGUUCACCCAAUUUGAAAAGAAAGCAAAGACCUCAUAUGAUUCUGUUUACCACCAGUUUUUGAUCAAAUCGUAAUAUUAGACAGAAAGUAAGCAUGAUUAAGAAGUAGCCUGAGAGUUAUCUCAUGUAAUUUGUUUUAAAUUACAGUCUAAGGUCCCUCUGAAGUUUACAGUUUUUCAUCUUUCUGUUUCAAGAGUAUCAGAAGGUGAUGAAUCAGUGAUCUUUCAGAUCUAGUCAGAGGUUUUCUGAUAGAAGGUUUCAGCCUUGAGCAGGAGGAAGAAGUAGAAGAUGGCAACAGUGUGACUCUGGUCUAGGAUAACAACAGGGUUCACUGUCAUUCAUCCUAACAAGGGACUGUGAGAUAAUUCUGGGCAAAACUGGGGGAUUUUUUUCUAAAUUUGUGUAUUUUUCUGAGUCGGUAUAGCUCCAAGCAAAAAUUCUCUUACGUUACUAAAGUCUUCAUUAGUCCCCAGUUGUCCUGCAGUCCCUCCUCUUAACUCAUCUCUUCAUUUCACAGUUCAAGUGACAUCCUUUCCCAUCAAAUAACCCUGGAGUCUCCUUUAUUUUAACAACAGAACUACAAAGAGUUACGUACAGCCUUCAUCCUUCUGCUAUUGUUUGCUCUGUCUGAUGUUUCAAGAUAACAAUCUUAACUCUGAUUUCAUUUUCAAGUGUUGGCAUGAAGUGGUGUGACUGUACGUCAGCUGAGCAUGCUGCUGAGUGAGUCGCACAUGCAGACUUGAAAAGCUGCAUGCAGAUGAGCUGAAAGGAUCUGCAGAGAGUUUUCGCUCCUUAAACUAUCAGGAUGUCAGGCUUGAUAUUCACCUCUCUCUGUUUGACUGGCAGAUCCCAGCCAGACUGCUGCCCCUGCUGCAUCUGUGGGAAACCCCACUCCAGGAGCUCGCAGGAUGGUUGCCAUCUUUGAUUACGAUCCACGAGAGAGCUCCCCAAACACUGACAUAGAGGUCAGACAGGAAAGAUGCCUUUUUAUCAUAUACAGUGCGUCUACUUUUUGCUCAUUUCUCACCUUUUAUUUCAUCUGACUUGUUCAGGCUGAGCUGACCUUCAGUGCAGGAGACAUUAUACAUGUGUUUGGAGACAUGGACGAAGAUGGUUUCUUUUACGUAAGUAUUUCAAAGCAUAACUGCCAUCUACACGACAUAAUCUAAAUCAAGCUGGGAUCAUAAAGUCACCUGAGGGAAAAUACACAAUGAUGAUACAGCCGCACAAACAGAACCUGAAAUAAUAAUUCAGUCCAAUCUGAAUUCAACAUUCAAGUUUACCAAAGUGCUGCACAGCAAAAUUAAAAGAACAAACACUGCAGAAAACAUAAAGAGGAAAUAAAUUAAAGCAGGUAAAAAACAUUUAAAAUGAAAUAAGAAAAAUGAAAUAAAAACACAAAAGCAUAAAAGAAAUAAAAGUGAUAAAAGGACCAUAAAAGACAUAAAGGACAGAGAUCACACAACUCUCAUGCUGAACUAAAAGCCAAGGAUUAAAAAUGAGUUUUAAGACGUGAUUUAAAGGUAGAAAGAGUGGGGAAUGUUUUAAUCUCGAGUGGUAAUUUGUUCCACAAUUUGGCAGCCACAGCCGAGAAAGCUUGGCCACCACGGGUUUUUAAAAGAGUUUUAGGGACAACGAGUUGGAGCUGAUCAGCAGACCUCAAGAAAUGUGGGGGGAUGUAAACAUUAAAGAGGUCAGAGAUGUACUGUGGUGCUGAUCCGUGUAAAGAUUUAAAAACAAACAAUACAAUUUUAAAAUGACUUCUAAAAUGAACGGGAAGCCAAUGGAGAGACGCCAGAAUUUGAGUGAUGUGAUCCUGUUUUCGUGUACCUGUUAAAAGACGAGAAGCAGCAUUUUGGACUAACUGCAAGCAUAUGAGGGAAGCCUAAUUAACAUCAACAUAAAGAUAUGAUAAAUAAAUACAGAUAAAACAAGAGGAAAUCAUCUGGGCUAAUGGAAUAAUGAGUGAAAGAAACAAAAGCAGCUGUCAUAGGAGUCAGGACUUGAAUUAUUGUUGCAUUUAGAGGAUUAAGAGUGCCUCCAUGUCCUCUUUUCUCCUUCUUGCUCUUCCAGGGAGAUUUGAACGGACAGAGAGGUUUAGUGCCCUCCAACUUCCUGCAGGCCCUACCAGAGGACGCUCCCACAGAACCUCCGCCUGCCCAGCCCGCACCAGAACCUAAGAAAGAACCACAGGUAGCUCAGGGUUUCUGUAAAUCCAGCAUGUACAUGAAAGUGUGAGCCGCUCGCUUCUUUCACUUUCUGUCAGUUUGAAGUGAACAUUGUUGUCAGAAGUCGUUUUUCUGUUGCUUUAAUUCUGUCUUGUCACGUUUCUUUUGCCCCACUGUUUCCUGCAUGGUCUUUGCAGAAACAAAAACGAACUGUGCACUUUGAGAAUUGAUUGUAAGUGUUUGGUUUUUUUUCACUGAGAAACUAGAAUCCCCUUUUCAGUCGACACAUUGCCCUCCUUCCUCAACCAUCUACCUUCCUAUAGUUCAGCACUCCUUCCCUGUGUUGGACCCAGCACUUACCCUCAGUAUGGUUUUAGUUGAUUGAAAAGAAAGCUGAGAUCCCACAUAUACUGACUCCUUUCUUUUGUAUGUGUUUGUGUUUGACCCCAAAGUUUUCAUCAAUUUUACUUCAGUCGUAUAUUGAACAGUAUAUUUAUUGUCCCUGUUUUAAAGUGACUUUUUUCUUAAAAGGGGACCUGCAAGACGUCAUCACCAGAACCAAAAGAUCCAGGAUCCCCAAUACCAGGAGCUCUGCCUCCAGAAACCGAUCCUCCCUCUCCUGACUCUACUGAAAGCACAAACCCACCACCCAAACCGGCAAACCCCUCUGCAAGUCCCACGUCAGACCGUGAUCCAGCCCCAGGUCCAGCUUCUCCACGUCCCGCUGCAGCUGAGGCCUGCUGCCCUCCAUCAGCCCCCCUCCAAGCAGACACCCUGACACAGACUGACAGCUCUGCUCAGGCCAAGAAGAAGAAAGGCUUUUUCUCUAAAGGCAAGAAGCUGUUCAGAAAGCUGGGAUCCAGCAAGAAGGAUUGAGAGUCAGGACGUCUGGCUCAGAACACUCACAUCACAUUGAAAGCACUUUCUAUCUUUACUGUUACUCUCAGAUGGUAGUCAGAGCAGUAAGCGACUGUCAGAUCUAAUAACUGAUGCUUUAGAUUUCAAACAUUUGCCUUAGAGCACCCGCUAGAUCAGCAGUUAAUUUUAGAGUACAUAAAAACAUAUAGAUGCAGCUUACUACGACGCAAGAGCAUGCAGUAAAGCAUGUUUAAGAUUCACAAAUAUAUAACCUGAAUACUUCCUAAUUAUUGAAGCAUUUGCAGUGUCUCAGCUCAGUUAGGCUUUAUUGCUCAAUAUGAAACACUAAACUCCAGUGGAUCAGGUUAAUGUAGAGCAGUCUGAAACAGCAGACACGGCUAAUGAAGAUUAGCUUUAAUGUUCAUGUACUGGUGCCACUUUAUCUCUCCAAGCAUCUCUUCCUCUGGACUUAAACAAAUGCACUAAACCAUCCUGAAUGGAUGUUUUUUAAAUCUCUGUCUGCCCGUCCCUCAUGUGUUUCUCAUCUUUGACAGUAUUUAUAUCCACUACUUUGUACAGUUAUUUAUUUGUAUCAGACUCCUGCCCUAAUGAAGGCCACGCUGCAUGAGGUGACGUCAGGGCAGGAGGUUAGUCGUGUAGAGCUGUCAGAGACAGUCGUCAUUCACUUUGAUGUGUGGAGUUAGAUCUGAUCUAAGUGUGGGGUCGAGACUGUUGAACGUACAGUUUAAUGUAAAGAGUGUGAGGGUGUGUCCGUCUGUGUGUGUGUGUAUGCGUCUGUGUGUGUGUGUGUAGAUGAAGCUGUCCAGUCCACUGGUUAGACUGAAGCAGAGGCCUUUUCAGACGUAAAUGAGAACUCGUGAUGUUUGUAGGAACAGUCACUUUCAGACUGAUGAUUGACGUUUUUUCUCUCUUUGUGGGAAUCAGAUAGUGACCUGCAGUGUAAGUGAAGUCUGUGCUAAGCUGACGUAGCAUCUAAAACUUUGUGGGCUUUGUUUGUCUGCAAAAUGGACUUAAGACUAAAACAAUUUAUAAAAUUAAAUUAUUUUACAUUCAGCUUUUAUUAUUCUUUUAAUUGCUCACUACAUAAAACUGUGAAUCAUGUUCAUAAGGUGUCUCACAGCCUAAAACAGUCCCAUCUGAUGUCUCUAAGAGCAUUCAACACACAUAGUUUAUCAGUUUAGUUGUAACAGGAAAAAACUUAUAAGCACGAAAGCUGACAUUUGAUUAAUGCUGUCGCUUCUGUUAAUGAUCAUUAAUUUUGGCUUAAAAGAUACCAAGAGAGUUCCUGUGUUUGCAGCAUGUAGGAGGGAGUUUGUUUAUAGGAGUUCACACUCUGCUCGCAAACUGGCGCCCUUAAAAAUACGCUAAAUCAGCUGAAAGCAGCUCCUGUGUGUGUGUGUGUGUGCAGUUUACUGAUGAGAGAAAAGACAAGAAUCACUCUUUUGCUUUCAUGCUGAAAAGUAAAGCUGAGUUGAUAAUUAGGCAGGUUCUUUGGUUCUAUUAGUGACAGAAAUCAAAGACAAUGAUGAGCUCUAAACUUUUUAAAUAGCUGCAGCUUUUGCUUAUUUAGCUUAUUUAUGUACACUCCAAAAUUCCCUGACUGUGAAUUAAUGCAGUUCAAAGCUCCUGUGAGGGGUUGUUAGUUUGUUAUAAAACAGACUGAAAUUAUUCUUGAAGGCUGUUUUUGACCUAAAAUAGUAAGUAGGACCAUCAGGAAAUUUCAUGGUCAAGGAAACGUCUGUUUUGAUGCAGCAACAAUUCUUGGUUAGUGACACAUUUAAGUAUUACAUGAAAGCAGGAUGAGAUUAUUUUGACAAAAACACAACGUUUUAACCCCUGUUAAAUCAACUCAAUACAAUAGCUUAUUCACAACAUCCACUCUCACUUGUAGGAACCAUCUAUGGCACUAGUUCUCGUCAACAUGGUCAAACAGGUGAUUGUUGUGUUUUGAAUUAGUUAUUGAAGUUUUGCACGUGGGGUAGAGUUCAUUAUAUUUAAAAGUGUUCCUAAAAUUUUGUCCUCAUAUUUUCUAAUGAAGUGGACGGAAUAAGGAACAUACUUCAAUACAGAACACUCCAGUACACCACCAAGCACUGUAUCUUUAAUGAAGGUGUUACAGCUGCUCAGUGUACAUCCACAGUCUAAAUCCGGCAAAAGACAAGCAGUAUCAAGUUGUCCACAGGGGGCGCCAAAACCAAUUCAAACAAAGUUCCUCACAGGAGCUUUAACAUUACACUGCGACGAGAGUGAAGCAUUGUGGUCAAGGUAGUUAAAUUGAUAACCACAGUUAUCAUGCUGUGUGAAAGCCUUUGGGAUUAGGUUUGGUGUGUGUUUAUUACUGGGGUUGGUUUUGUUUGAAUGUAUUAUGAUGGAGAUUUUUACCCAUAAUUCCACAGCUAAGAGGGGCAACACUCAGUAGAAUAAUAUUUAAUCUAGUCUGUUUUUUUGUCAUGGCAGUGUUUGACUCUGCAAUAACUCUGUCAUGUAUUUUUUUCUGUUUGUCUCUGUUGGAAAUAUUCGACUAGCGGGGUAUGAAACUUGUGGCUGAACAGUGUAAGAGCAUUUAUAUCAGCUGAUGCAGUGAAGUUUUAUCCAUGUUUUUGUGUGUUCACACGUUUACAUCAACAAACUGUCGGCUGUUUAAAAACUAGAUUAGACAGCCUUAGCAGUGUAGUGCAGUUUUAAAAAAAGGACCCAUCUCUCUCAUGUGGACCAGACGUUAGCGCUCAGUUCCAACAUGCCGUGAUUUCUCACUCCACCAGUGUGAUACUGGGCUGUUUAGGUCACUUCUCAGGUGUUUUACUUGUGGUUUUCCUAUGAAUGCUGAGCCACCUGUUGACUCUGUCUGUUAAAUAAAAACUGCAGAAUAUGCCAAAAUCUUAGGUGCUUCACCUGUUACCAUAGUAACCAAGGUCCAGCAGCAUGGGGUUCGAGAGUGUUUUUCAAAAUCAGACCUGAUUUCACUCACUUUGUAUGACACUUUUUGAAGGAGUCACACCUGCUGAGACGAGUUAGUGUUUGUUUUCGUCACUGUCAUGAUUGUUUAGUUUGUCGGUGUUAUUAGAAGGAGCACGAUAAUGCCAAGGAGUAAAGAUAGGAGGACAGGCGGGUGGACAAAGACACUUUAGAUGUGAACUAGCCGGGACAGAGCAAGACUGAGGCUGUACUGUAUAUCUAAUUUAUUUCAUUUCUUUGUUUGUAAAGGGGAGUGAAUGCUCAUAAGUUGCCGAAAUGUAUUUGUACUCAUAUUGUAUUUGACGGCCUUUAAUGCACAAGUAUUCCUCGACCUGCUGUGUAGUGAGUAGGCGGCUCCGCUGUGGACUGAUAGAUCCAUGUAGGUAGUGUUUUUAGCUCAGCUCUUCAUAUUUAGCCUUACAAGAAGAAGAAGACAAACUUGUUUAGUCUUAAUAUGUUGUUUACAGGAUGUUUAUUGACUGCAUGCGUACCAAUGUUAUACCCAUGUUCUGCCUUAUUUAUGUUUCUGUCAUAUUUAUGUGGACCCAGGCUGAUUGGUCUGCAGUGUGUGAACUGUGGGCCAAUCAGCAGAGUGGAGAGGAGCGAGUAGGAGGUGAUGUGUGUGUGUACAUACUGAACAGUGUUGUGUUAUAUUUUCAUACAGCGCAGGAAACUUCUUAUUUGUUUGGUUUCUGUUGUUCCUGCACUCAUUGUAAGAUUUCCCUUUUUAUAAAUUCAUGUUUUUAUUACCCUUUUGGAAUCUCAUCUGUAAAUAUUUUGUUAAUAUUGUUUUUCAGAUUUUCUUUUUGCAUGUGCAGACUUUGAUGGUGGAGGAACAGUGAGUAAAGAUGUAGAACACGAAGGACACGCUGACUUGAAAUGUGAUGGUUUCUUUCAAUAUGGAUCUUUUUACAGGAAUAAAGUAUGUUUAUUUUCACAGAAAACGAGGCGUGUGCGAUGUUUGUCAUGUUCAACAAAAACAGAAGAUGAUUUUUCAGUUAAAUCUUUAUUGAAAACCACAGACAAAAGAUCAUACAUGAGAGAUUCUCUCUUCUUUUUCAGCAGUAAAAGGUUUCAAAAUGGAGGAAGAAGCUGUGAUCUUUGUUCCCCGCCGCACACCACCCAUGUGAGCAGACUGGGGCGACACUGUGGGUGAUGUGUGGCCUUGUGAGACAAAGCAGCUUCCUCCUUUUUCUGACUCUGUGUGCGCCACCACCUCCUCCUCGAUGGGUGUCCCUGGUCUCCCUGAAGAAAACAGUACACUCAUCCAUAAAGUAGGAAACACUACACUGUGGCGAGGAGUUUAGUAGUGCUUUCUACUUUAUGGAUGACUGCACUGUACAUCCACCGCUCCUCUUCUCUUCCGUCUUGUGUCCUCGCCCACUUCUCUCUUCUUCUGCACCUGCACACACACACAUGCCAACCCCCACCCAGACACACACUAAACUGAAACCUCCCAGCGCUAGACGCAACGCUCUAACAACCCAGAAAACACACACUUCCUGAUUUGUCAUAAAACAUUUGCAUUCACAGUUUUACAUACAGUUUGUUCAAAUCAACAUUUAAAAGUGUAGUUCAUGAAAAUCCUCACAAAGGCCCCACUAGUGGGCGUCAAAUUGAACUCUUGUUGCAGUUUUUGAGGCAAAAGUCAGAGACAGACUGUGCUAGAGGAAGCGCUAUCUUGAGGAAGCCAUCUUGGCAGCCAUGAGUAAGCUUUUCUGCUUGAGGAAAAGGUCAUUUUGUACUUAAAAAGAAAUGUAACAUAAGUUCUAUUAAUAAAGACAUGUCAGAUUUUACACUAAAGACAAACUGGACACAAAAAUCCAGUUGAUACGUUGAAGAAGAAACCAAACCGAUGAGGUCUAGAGAGCCGUCUCAAAAGACAGAUCGGCUUUACUUACAAAGUUUUAUAUACAAAUUCAAAACUGACGUUUGACAUAAGAGUUAAAGUUAAGACAUGAAGUAAAAAAGCAACUUUCUUCUAAACAGUAAUUGACAAAUUUAAAAAAAAAAAAAAGUAAAAAAGAAAGAACAUUUGUGCUGAGUCUUAAAAGAAUAAUUUCAGUAUAAAAUACAGCCUGUGGUCCAUCAUACUUCACCCAGUCCUUGGUUGUUUCUGUCUGUCUUUGUGAGGGACGAAGGUCCAGCAGUCUGGCAGGUGUCUCCUGUCGGUCUUCAGAGUGGAUGAAGAAUGAAGAA